GAAGGCCAACACCAGCAAGAGGUCUCUAAUGUUACCUCUGGGGUUAGAGAGCUGGUCACCGCGGCAUUGGCGAAGCACAGCGACACGAAUCACCAAGGUAGAGGAGAAGGAAGUCACCAACCAGGCCUCCCAUCAUCCUCUGGGGUUCCUGCGCAACCCACCUCAGCUGUGAAACGAGCCAAUGAUAUACUUCAAGACCUGGGACGACUCAAAACUGAGAUGCAGACCCUGCUGCAGGUGAGAUGGACUGACUGAGAGAAAUAUCAACUGUCAAUCUUAUCAAGAAUACUGUAUAUAGACAUAUAGCCUCCUUGAAUAACCUCUUCUGGUAGCAAUAUAAUGAGAACAAAAGUGGUCCGAGAACAGAGCCUUGAGGAACUCCAAACUAUUGUCAAACAGUUUUCCUUUCCCCUAGAAGAUAAUCAAGGUCAAGAGAAAAACUGUUAACUGCUGUAGGCCCUCACAAUUACUUUCCCAUUACACCAGUUCUGUGUGGUCUUUUCCAUUAACUUUCCUUUUGUAUUCUAAUGCACCAAGCCUAUAAGCUGUUAUCGCUGGUGCUGCUCAGUUCCCCCUAAAUCUAUUAUUGGCAUAUUGGAGACAUUCAGACUGGAGAAUAAGAUUAUCCUUCUACCCAUUUAUUGCUCUGAACGACGGGAGGCACCCCGACACCACACACACACACACACACACACACACACACACACACACACACACACACACACACACACACACACACAGAGCCGUCAGGACGUUUCCUGUUUCACUAAGUGGGCCAAUAUCAUCCUCUCGUCUGUGUUCAGCUUUGGGAAUUUGCUAAUCUAAUUGGUGCCUUUACCACUGAUGAAAUCAAGCCAAGACACGAGUGUGUCUGGUAUUUCAAUGACCAAGACAGCAAUUUUCGAUUGUUUCUCUCCCCCUCCUCUCCCCUUAAUAAAUUACAACACUUCUUCAUCCUUACCCCACGAACGCGUUGCCACAGCCGCCCGACGCCUGUUCCCAUCUAUUACACUCUGAUCCUGUCGCCGCCCCAACCAGGCAUUGAGUUUCUGAGCACGCCUCUGCUGCUGCUGAAAAAUUCUAUCAGCUUAGAAUAAUGUAGCACACGGCAAAUUAUACAUUAGCAUAUAAUUGAGGAUGCAGGGUGUGAAUGCUAUCUGGCCUGCCGCUGUCUGUCUGCCUGCCUGUCUGUCUCGCUGUCUCUGUCAGUCUGUCCGCCUGUCGGUUUGUAUGUCUGUCUGUCUGUGGGCUGAAAGAAUUGGAAGGAGCACGUUUCUCUCUGUCUCUGUCUCUCUCUCUCUCUCUCUCUCUCUCUCUCUCUCUCUCUCUCUCUCUCUCUCUCUCUGUCUCUGUCUCUGUCUCUGUCUCUGUCUGUCUCUGUCUGUCUGUCGGUCUGUCUCCUCUCUGUGCCUGUCAUUGUCACACCAGGUUUUAAUGCAGCAGUUCUUUAUUGUGGGGUUUAGUGGACAGGCAUGAUAAUUUAAUGGUCGUCAUGCUAUGAUGGCCCGUUCUGGUGGUGUAUGAAAUUUGUGAUUGCUUGGUCAUGAUGGAAAUGUAUGAGUACAGCAUUUCUGUGUCCCACAAAUGAUCAGGUGUGGCGUCUUACAACUAGAUCAUAUCCUCUAAUAUGACUUUGAGUAGGAAAAACAUGUCCAACCAGCACUGCCUUGUGUCAGUCGGUUGGUACUCAGACAGCCUGUGUUGCGUUCCUCUGCCCUUCUCAUCCAGGCUCGCGAUGCCUUUCCUGCUGCAGAGAGCCGAGAGACUGUCAGAGAGACGGCAUCAGCCAGGACCAGCAACACCACAAGCAGCAGCAAGCAGCCCGCUAUCCCCGCUCCCACCACCACGCACCACCCUCCUCCUCCUCCUCCUCCCUGCGUCUCCAUGGUAGGUUCCCAUAGCAACCCCUGCCUGCCUCUGCAGUGCUAGCUUUACGAGGUUGGGAGGUUUUCCUCCCUACAUUGUGUUUUGUACGGUCUGUGUUGCCAUCCAUCCAUACCAAGCCACCACCGAGCAGCAGACAGACACAAUGCCACCCUUGUAUUUUCAGCUGUGCCCCCAUUUUAUGGACAGAAAUAGAUAAAUCAGUGGUGUUAUCUCUGUUUUACACAUGGACCAGAGGAGAAUGCACAAUGGCUACAACAGAAAGAGAUUUCCCCAAGUCUAUUUUUCAACCACUAUAGGUUUUUCUACAGAGAGAAAGAGUAAUGAUAACAAUUCUCACAUUGGUUAGUUGGUCCUGUGCUAGCCUAUUGGUGUGUUGGAUGAAUACUCUAUUGGAUGUGACUCAUUGACAUGCAUUCUGAUUAAGAUAAGUUUGGUCAUUCUGGUGUUGUCACAAUGCCUGUUCUGUAAAGGUUCUGGGAUUGACUUGGCAACUAGGGAAUUACUUCUCCCAUGCUGUAACUCGCCAGACUAUUUCAGUUGCCACGUGAAUUUCAGACAGAAUGACUGAAUCGCUGUCAGCAGCGCAUAUGUGAAAAGCAAGGACCAACCUCCUCCCUUUACUGCCUUUCCCACAGAAACUAACGAGACAAAUAUCCCCCUUAUACACAAAAGGAGUGAAUUGGUGUCUGAUAACAGUGUAAGUGGUUUUGAUAUUGCAUUAUUUGCGACAGCGACUUCAGAACGCGACUGGGAAGCACGCGGCUGAAACAAACUACCCUCAGCUAGCGAACGAUGGAAGGCAGGCAGGCUGAUGUCUGUUCCUCCCCACGCAACCAUGCAGGGCAGCCAGGCACACAGACUGAUAUAAUAUAUAUACUAGACGAGAACAAGAUGAGGGGAGGAGGAAAGAAACAGCCAAGGUCUCCCAGCUGUAUCAGCUCUGCCUGAAUGGAAUGCCUCGUGAUGGGUGGAGAGAAAAAGAGUGGGAAUAGAAUGGAAGAGAACGGGUCCCUAUCUCUCUCUGUCUCUUUCAUCAGCACAGAAAAGGUGAUUUGUCGUGACUAUUGCUAUUGGUAAUGGUUGCAGCAGAUGCAACAGCCUGGCUAGCAUUCUCUCUCUUCUUGCAAAAUUCUCCCAAACAGUUCUCUUAGAUUUAGUGACACACGCAAUGUUUUGCUCCUCUUAUGCUUCUGAAUGGUUUUGACUUUAUAACCAAGCCCAGCCGACAAAUGUUGAAAUGUGUGGAACCAGAGCCAUAUAUUUAGAUUUCUGUAAUUUAGAAGGUAAUCAAGAUAUGUAUUUAAAUCUAGGUAUUUCUUUAUAAAUAUAUGUCUCUGUGGUGAGCUGUGUAUGUGUCAUCUAAAGGUCCCCCCCCCCCAACAGUCUCAGGAAGAGGUGGCCGUUGUGCUCCCUCCAGUCCUCCCCCUCCCUCCCGCCAGGCCGACCCCCACCCUGCUGCAGCAGAGCCAGCCGUGCCCCUCCAUGUUUGAGGAUGCUGAGAGGGUCCUCCGGCAGGUCCAACGACACAAGAAGACCCUGGAGGAAAAUCUGGAGGCCAUGCUGAGGGCUAAAGACGGAGAGACCCUGCACUCCCAGUUAGAGGCACUCUCCUGCAACAGGUAACAUACAGGCAGACUGCACUGGUCUCCCCUGCAGCAUGGGGCCAAAAUUAGCCUGAAUGUUACGCCAAUGUUGUUUCCAGUAAAAACAAGCUAAUAUUAUGGGUUCUGAUUGGGUACGACAGUUGAACUAAGUUCAUGAGGCAUUUCUAAGUUAUAUUCUUCAAGAAUCAAUGGGUAUAUAGCCUAUUGUUAAUUUAUGAGUCAAAAAAUUGAUGUGGCAACUAAAGAUUCAAGCUUUAAUGACUGAGGGAAAAGAGUAUUUGAUCCCCUGAUGAUUUUGUACAUUUGCCCACUGACAAAGACAUGAUCAGUCUAUAAUUUUAAUGGUAGGUUUAUUUGAACAGUGAGAGACAGAAUAACAACAAAAAAACACCCCCAAAGCAUAAUGUUUCCACCUCCAUGUUUGACGGUGGGGAUGGUGUUCUUGGGGUCAUAGGCAGCAUUCCUCCUCCUCCAAACACGGCGAGUUGAGUUGAUGCCAAAGAGCUCGAUUUUGGUCUCAUCUGACCACAAGACUUUCACCCAGUUCUCCUCUGAAUCAUUCAGAUGUUCAUUGGCAAACUUCAGACGGGCCUGUAUAUGUGCUUUCUUGAGCAGGGGGACCUUGCGGGCGCUGCAGGAUUUCAGUCCUUCACGGCGUAGUGUGUUACCAAUAGUUUUCUUGUUGACUAUGGUCCCAGCUGCCUUGAGAUCAUUGACAAGAUCCUCCCGUGUAGUUCUGGGCUGAUUCCUCACCGUUCUCAUGAUCAUUGCUACUAUACAAGGUGAGAUCUUGCAUGGAGCCCCAGGCCGAGGGAGAUUGACAGUUAUUUUGUGUUUCUUCCAUUUGCGAAUAAUCGCACCAACUGUUGUCACCUUCUCACCAAGCUGCUUGGCGAUGGUCUUGUAGCCCAUUCCAGUCUUGUGUAGGUCUACAAUCUUGUCCCUGACAUCCUUGGAGAGCUCUUUGGUCUUGGCCAUGGUGGAGAGUUUGGAAUCUGAUUGAUUGAUUGCUUCUGUGGACAGGUGUCUUUUAUACAGGUAACAAGCUGAGAUACCUGUAUAAAAGACACCUGGGGGCCAGAAAUCUUUCUGAUUGAGAGGGGGUCAAAUACUUAUUUCCCUCAUUAAAAUGCAAAUCAAUUUAUAACAUUUUUGACAUGCGUUUUUCUGGAUUUCUUUGUUGUUAUUCUGUCUCUCACUGUUCAAAUAAACCUACCAUUAAAAUUAUAGACUGAUAUUUUCUUUGUCAGUGGGCAAACGUACAAAAUCAGCAGGGGAUCAAAUACUUUUUUCCCUCACUGUAAACAGAUAAUUUCCUUAAUAGAACCUUUCUUGAACUCUAAGCAGUUUACAUUUUUAUGAGGUAACUCCCCUCCACCAGCAGUAUGUAGCACCACCAAUGUGAGGGUAGAAAUGUUAAAGAUCUAAAAGAACACCAACAGUUCUACAGCAUGGUCGUUUUAAGCAAAUCUAUUCCUGGAGAAACUUUCUGAAUAUAAUAAAUGCCCUCGCAACAUUUUGGGUUGUUGUUGUCAAGUGGGAAAUGUUCGGAGGGCAAAUUGGGAGAAUUCAGGGCAGUAAUUGCCUGCGCUGAGCUCCAUUGUUGAGAGUUGUGUAUCUCCUUUUGGGAGCACACUGGAGGCUGCGGAGGGCUAAGCCAAAUGGAACAAUCACUAUGACAGGCAGUUGUCAGUGGGGAGGAGAGGAUGUGUGCGUCCUAAAUGACACCCUAUUCCCCAUGGGCCCUGGUUAAAAGUAGUGCACUAUAUAGGGAUUAGGGUGCCAUUUGAGACAAAGACGACUGCUGCUCUCAGCCUCUCAGCUCAACCCAAUAAAUUUGAUGUGAGAUGUGGACUCUGAAGUGACUGACUUUCUGACUGGAAAAUCAGAAGGUCAACUAGGGGGUGCUUAUAUUUGUCCUGUUUCACUGCAAGUGGGUAACCUGCACAAGUGCAAGGUGUGAAAUGGAAUCAGCCAUUAUUGACAGCGACCCUGGAGCAAUUAGGGUUAAGCGCCUUGCUCAAGGGGCAGAUUUGACCUUGUCGGCUCGGGGAUUAGAACUAGCAACCUUUCAGUUAAUGCUCUAACCGCUAGGCUACCUGCCGUAGCCGAGCCUCUGAUGGUCAACUGCACUUUGCAUAAAUGGACAUGCAAUGUGGUGGUGAGCAGUGAGAAUCUGCAACGUAGCAGAUGUUGGACAUGUAGGGAAAUCUCAAGGCUUCCAGCCCUCUUCUAUCCCUCUUCUCAGUGAGUCUGCUUGCGAGACGGUGAGCGCCCUGGAGGUUUUACCCUUUAAUGGUACCUCAUUAACGGGAAGGGAAUGGUUCACAAAUUAAUGUCAUUUCUUUCAUUCCUGAGUGAUGUUUGUUUUCCUUCCUUGCCAACAUUAGUAUCCAAUAGACCAACCUGACACAUUGUUUCUGGAGAACUGACCAAGCUUAUGUGAAAGCAUGGAGAGACCAUUGAUUAAUCAACGUUGUAAAACUCAGGAGAUGUCCUGCUUGGAUGUGUGUUUGUUUGUCUGCCUUUCAAACAAGCAGAGAAAAUUGUCAAAUCACUUCCUCAUAUAAAAGAGAGGUUAUUUGAAGUAUACUGAACAAAAAUAUAAACGCAACAUGUAAAGUGUUGGUCCCAUGUUUCAUGAGCUGAAAUAAAAGAUAGCAGAAAUUGCCGGGGAAUAUUUAUUUCUGUAAUAAAGCCCUUUUGUGGGGAAAAACUCAUUCUGUUUAGCUGGGCCUGGCUCCCCAGUGGGUAGGCCUAUGCCCUCCCAGGCCCACCCAUGGCUGUGCCCCUGCCCAGUCAUGUGAAAUCCAUAGAUUAGAACCUAAUGCAUUUAUUUCAAUUUACUGAUUUCCUUAUAUGAACUGUAACUCAGUAAAAUCUUUGAAAUUGUUGCAUGUUAUGUUUAUAUUAUUGUUCAGUAUAAAUACCCGCUACACAUCCGAAGCGUUGCAUUCAUCUUAUAGAGUGGUGGCGGAGCGAUGCCUUUUCUUGCCUUAGAGAUUCAUUGUGACAUUAAUAAGGUUCACAGUGGGUGAGAUUGCCUAAUGGCUUGCGAUGCAGCACCCAAGGCUGAUCUCUCUCUCUCUCUCUCUCUCUCUCUCUCUCUCUCUCUCUCUCUCUCUCUCUCUCUCUCUCUCUCUCUCUCUCUCUCUCUCUCUCUCUCUCUCUCUCUCUAAUGGAGUGCGGAAGCAGUGGUUUAAACAUUGAAAUGGAGAAGGUUUGGCUGCCUUACGUCCACAGCACACAGACAGGGUCCUUCAGAAGGAGUAGUCUGCAGCAUAAUGAUACUGAGUCUCUCUCUGGAUGAAAGGUUAUCUCAUUACAGCCAUAAUAUAACAGGCGUUUUCAAUGCUCUUCUAAUCAUAGAAAUAGGUUCUAAUUCCCUCCCGCACUGAAGAAGCUAGAUUACACCAGAGAAAUAUAAUUACUAGAGGGUACAAAGCUUCUCAGACCACAGCAAUUUCACUGAGUCGCAUGGGUUCACUCAAUAUGCUAUUCUAAUUUUAUAAUAUUCUAAUUCUAUGGAUUAUACAUGGUGUGAAUGAUAAAUCUGUCCAGAGAACGGGCAAAGAGAGGAACCAUAGAAUUUCAACAUAAAGGAAAGUACAGUGAACAGGUUACUCAGAUGAUGUCAUCACAUACCAACCACACAACACACAUUACUACGGUAUGAUGUGUUAUCAGGUUUUUAUGUUGGCUCAGUGGGACACUACUCCCUCCAUCUCGUAUUAUAAUAUAACUAAAACCACCCUGAGCCCAAAUGUCAGCUUGUAUGCUAAUCAUCUCCAAAAUGGCAGCCGGCCGCAAUCAGCUCUGAGCUAAUGUCAGAGCAUGACAACACAAACACACUAAUUGAUGCAGCUGCCCCCCGGCCCCCCCUUCCCCUUCCCCAUCAUAAUGGCGUUGAUCUUUUCCUUCAUUGGAAAGGUCACAGGACUGGGAUGGGGCUGCCAGAUGCUCAGGUAAGGGGGAGGGAGUUGAAGCGGAUGGCUUGACGUUGACAUCACCCUCAAAUGUGACUGGAUGGUUGGUUGGUUGCUUGAUGGAUUCAGUCAUUUGUAUUGCAUGACAUUGCAAAACGAGGCAGGGAAAGACUUAAUGCGUGCCAUCCAUUUCCACCCAACAUAUUAAUGAAGCCAUUUGCAAACAAAAAUGUGCCUCCAUCUCAAUUGCUCAACCGAGCGUGACAGUUUGUGCUCUGUUUACUUGUGUUAUAUCUCACCAGGUGGGUUCAGUGAGAACACACUUGGAUGGGCGUCCUGGCCCUGGUUCACCCCGUCUCUGUCUGUCUGCAGUGUCUGUGUUCCUAGAGUUGGUGGACUACUUCACCACUCCACAGCUCUUUUGUUCUUUUUCGAAAACUGUUCUCUAUUAGAUUUAUUUCCUCUCAUUUAUUUUGUUUGGCUUCUUCAGCAUUUUGCUGCUGGACACAUGUUGUCUCUGGCUUAAAGAUGAAUCCUGAUAUCCCCUGUCUGUAAAUUAGAAGCAGACAGUCAUUUGUCCACGACCCAUGGCAGUUGGCACAGACAGUUGUUUGAAUUUUUCAAACAAAACAUUUCCAGGCAGGGGUUCAGACAGUCUUCUCUGUUGUUGUUUCUCCGUUGGAUUACAGAAUAGUUGAGUAGUAGUGCUCUCUCUGCUAGACCUCAUAGACAGUGACGCACUGUUUCUGUUUUUCAUAUUCCAGAGAAUUUCCGGAUGCUGUUCCAAUGGGGAUAUUAUGUCUGCAGACAUAACUAUCAUUAGGCCUAUUUCUGGUAAUUUCCUACCAUCUGUAUGAAUCGUUGCAUAUUGGCUGUAUGAUUCCCAGGCCUCCACUUUCAGCUAUCAUUUAAAUGUGUUUGACAUUGAAUUUUGUCCAGCAGUUGAUACGUUUGCCAUCAUGGACAAGCCUGUUACAAAAAAAGUAUAAUCAGGCAUGGUGUUGUUAUACCACCAUAAUGGGAGGCUUUGAACAUUUGAGAAUAAUAGUCCUACAGGUUUGUUUUCGCAGCAGGUCACAUGCUGCACUGAUGACUGACACACAAGGGCGGCAGGUAGCCUAGCGGUUAGACCGUUGGGCCAGUAACCGAAAGGUCGCUGGUUUGAAUACCCGAGCUGACAAGGUGAAAAAUAUGUCGUUGUGCCCUUGCGCAAGCCACUUAACUCUUAUUUGCUCCAGGGGCGCCGUACUACUAUGGCUGACCCUGUAAAACAACACAUUUCACUGCACCUGUGACCAUUUUUUAAAAGUAUUUUUUAAUGUUUUUAUGUGUCUGGAGUCAACGCCUGAUUAGGUAGAUCCAUCCCAGAUCACACACUCAAAGAGACACACACCAGGGAUGGGAGCUAACGCAGCCAUGGAGGGUAGCUUCAUCUGUAUGGGUAAUGAGGUUUGGGUCAGUGUCAAUGAAGCUAAAUUCCCUCUCCUCUACUCUCCCUCUCCCCUCCCACUCCAGCCAGCUGCUCACCUCACAGAGACCAGACCCCCCAUCUCUCACUCCUCAGGAUCUCAGAGGGAAAUGGAGACUGUAUUUUUCUGCCCAGAGACAGAGACUCUCCCCUCAGCAUCAAAAUGAGGAGCUAGCUGCCUCCCUGCCUGGCUGACGCCCGUACACACACACACACUCGCGUAAACACACACACACACACACAGCAGCCCUGGUGGGCUUUCCUCACUGAGCUGCUGCAUUUGUUCUGAGUUCUGGUACGCAUCUGUCAAGCCUCAGUACCCUCUCUCUAGGUCUUAUUCCUUAUUCUGUCUAAUCCCCGAGCCGACUAGGUGAAAAAUCUGUCGACGUGCCCUUAAGCAAGGCACUUAACCCUAAUUGCUCAUGUAAGUCGCUCUGGAUAAGAGCGUCUGCUAAAUGACUAAAAUGUAAAUGUAAUAAAGUCAAAUCAAAUCAAAUUGUAUUUGUCACAUGCUUCGUAGACAACAGGUUUAGACUAACAGUGAAAUGCUUACUUACAGGGUCCUUAUCCAACAAUGCGGCGGUAAAGAUCAAAUAAAAAUUAAAUAAAAAAUUGAAAUAGUGACACAGUGAAUAACAAAUAAAAUAAGAAGUAAAAAUAACAUGGGAGUAGAAAAAAAGUAUAGCGAUUUGUUGUGAUGAUGACACAGUACAGUAUAUUAGGGAUAUACUAGAUAAUCUGUUUCCAAGUGUGUGUUCAUAUAGGUAGACAGACAAUGCUCUAGUCUAGUGGAUAUAGAUAGCUACUAGUUUAGUAUACACGAACAGAGCACACCCAUUCAUGUUAUUAUGACACAUACUUAAUAGUCUUGUUAGUGUUUCCUCACAUGGGAAGUAAUAAAUGCUGUGUUAUGAGUUCACGUUGAUAUGAUUGAGUGUCCUGGGAAGAGCAAUAAUGUAUGAAUGAUGUUAUGUGGUGUGGAUAGGGUAUACUGUAUGUACAGUCCGUUGGUAAGUAGGGAGGUUGGCUGCAGCUCCAGCAUGGUAAAGCAUCCAUGUGUUCCCUGUGUUACAGGGACACCACAGAAGAAGUCAGGAUUAAGAAGACAGUGGAUGCAUGGAUCAACGCCCUGAGUAAGGAUAUCCAGGUGAGUCGGUCAGAAAGUCACCUUGAGUAAUUUCAGUUGGUUUGUUCCAACUGCCAUUUUGUUUUUGGUCCAGUUGGAUCAGCAUAUAUUGCACAACAUUCAUGUCCAAUUUAAUAAUGCUAGAUCAAAGCAUCUUAUGAACACCCCAUAAGAUAUUACAUUACAUUGACAUUACUCUAAGUAAAAUGCCAGAGUUGUAUGCGAUCCAGAAAACUAGCUAAGUGUAAUAUAUUUUUAAAGUCAAGUAUUUCAACUUAUUUUCAACCCUUAGUCCUCCUCUGAGAGAUCUAAAUAAUCCAUGCAAUUUGGUUUAAAUGCUCCGUGCUGUUUGAAAGUAAAUAUCUCGGCCACAAAAGCCAGGUGGGACUGAGUUCAGCCGCCCUUUUUAUAGGCUUUGCAGAAGAGUGAGAAUUCCAACUUCUGCUCUUUUUUACUAGUUUCGAAAAUUGCGUUCUGGCACAGCUGAGAAUUGAUUCAAACUAGGAGUUGAUGGUAGGUUCACAAUUUCACUGUGGUAGAAGAGCAAUGCUCCAUAAAAAUAAGAGCGUUUGAGCAGCGGUAAAGGCUGCUGGCUGUGCCAAAUGAAUGUCCCCAAGCUUUCAGGUCCUCAAGUCCAAAUAUCUAUAUAAUUCAUCUGCUGAAACUGAAUACAUUUGUUUCAAUUAAGCUCAUGGUAUGCGUCCCUAAAUGGCACACUAUUCCCUAUAUAGUGCACUACUUUUGUAGUGCUUUAUAAAGGGAAUAGGGUGCAAUUGUGUCUCACGGCUGGACGGAAAACACUGUCUGUUGUCUAUUACUUGUCUAUAGCAUCUGAAUCCAUCGUCUUUGUGAGAGAGUUUCAGUCUUAGCUGAAGAAGACAAUUACCAUUUCUGACGAAUGACUAUCCCAAGAUAGAUCACUAAAUGCUGUCCUCAAGUAAAUCCGACAUUGCUUGUUUGUUUUUUGCAGGCCGAUAUUACAAAAGAACACCUUGUUGCUCAGAUGAGAGCUAAAGACAAAGUCAAAGAGUCUACUGCUGCUGCCGUGUUACUCCAGAAAGACAGAGGGACCAAGAAGGACAUCAUCACCUCCAGGCUUAAUGAUGUGAAGAGCAGGAUUCAGACUGGUGGACCUCGAACAGCAGGAAGUAAGCCCAGUCAGAGAGCAGCCAGAGGACAGACAGAAAGCACCGAGGAGCUGAUCAACAAGUGCAAACAUACCACUGGCCCCAAUGUGAGGCUGAGACCAUCUCCAUCUCAACAGGCGGUGAGCAACAUGACAGCACUGAACAUACACUCUAUUCACUAUAUAGUGCACUACUUUUGACGAGGGCCCUGGUCAAAAGUAGUGCACUAUAUAGGGAAUGGGGUGCCAUUUCGGACAAAGACGACUGUUGCCCUCCCAGCUCUCAGCCUCUCAGCUCUCAGCCUCUCAGCUCAACCCAAUAAAUUCAGCCCAUGACAGCACUGAACCAUACACCCCCUUCAUUUCACUAAUCAACAGACAAUUAGCAAUCACAGCCCGUAUCUGGACUGUCUCGUUGAACAUAACUUUUCUGAAACCCUGUAUUUAUUUAUGUAAUCUAUUUCUGCUUUUAGUGUUGACUGACUUAUCGACGGGACCCAAACAACAAAGUGGUCACACCACUCCGUCACGUCUUGCUAAUCUUCCCAUCUGGAUACAAACACAGCGUUUCUGAAGCUUCCGCCACAUCUAUUUAACUAAAUGCGGUUUUCUAACUGCCCAUAUGUUUCCUCCCACAUUGAUAAGAAGCACAACACCUAAACCAGACAAAGGACAAGCCUGCUUAUCUCCAAGCUGCAUACCUUUUUUGCUUAAUGGGCCGACCGUGUUGCCAUGAGCCCAAGGAACAGCAUACAGAACCUAGCAACCAGGACAGUGCUUAGUUUAGUUUACCCCUGUGUCUGGUCUAUCCACUUUCAAGUUACAGUUUCAAAUUUUUUUUGGUCACAUGCACAGCAUACAGCAGGUGUAAAACAUUAUAGUUACAUGCUUAACUUGCAAGCUCUUUCCCAACAAUGCCCAAUAAAGGUAGGAAUAUAGAUAAGCAAUAUAGCAUGUGAAAUGCCAGAGAAGAAGAAAAUAAACAAGAUAAUGCAGUUAUACAGGUCUUCUAUACAGGUCCGUGCAGUAUCCAUGCCUGUUACUUUGUGUACAAACCUGUUAGGGUUUCUCUUUAUUACUCAAACACAGGAAGCCACACAGACAGCACUUCAGAUAUAAGGUUGAACGUCCAACAGAAAAUAGCUUGAGGCUGAGAAAAACAUCACUCAGUACAAGGAUCAGUGGCGCUGAAGUGCAGAAAGUACCUUCAUCGGUUACACACACACACACAGUAGUGUAGUAGUGUUUGACAGUGUAUUCCUCUUAUUACAGAGUCAAUGUGGAGAGAUGAAGUCAGACCAAGGUGGAGAGGAGUAUUUGGUGAAACUGUAUGGGAAGGCUCUGUACGAAGGCAAUCGGAGGACACUGAAGAAAGGGCCCUAUCUCCGAUUCAACUCUCCCUCCCCAAAGUCCAAAGCCCCGCGGCCAAGAGUGGUAGAGAGUGUGAGAGGUGAGUGGCUCACCAGAGAUCUCAACAGGCUUAUGUUUUCCCACAGUUGUUCAUGUGACGUGUUCUCUCUCUCUUUCUUUAGCACUUAAUCACACACUCUCUCCUUCUCUCUCCUCUCUCUCUCUCGCUCUCUCUCUCUCUCUCUCACCUCUCUCACCUCCCUCCCGCCCUCCAGGGGUGAAGAUGAAGUCAUCUAAGACCCAGACCAGUCUCCCCCAUGGACAGUCAGUCUCCUCUCCUCUGUACCCGGCUGUACCCAGUGAACCUCAGUACAUCUUCAGCCCGACCCUGUGGGGGAACCCAGUACCACCCUGGGACCUCGCUGGAGGGGUACCUCAUCCCCAUGGCCAUCCCACUGGGUGAGACUGGACUCUACUUGGGGCUGAUAUACCCUUUUUACACUACCGUUCCGACCCUUACUGUGCUGACUCGGACUCCGAUUCCAAUUUUCCCAUUGGAAGCUAGCUAACACAACUCUCUUGUUGAUAUCGGUCUUAUUUUCACGCCUCUCUUUACUGUUUGUUGGCUUCGCCUCAAAGGCCAUCUAGCUCCUCACUGCAAUUAAAUGGCUCCCGGACGGACCUAUUAUAGGAGUGUGGUGCCUCACAGUGCGUGGUGUGCCACUCUGUUCAUCUCCGUCCUCUCUCAGCUGAAAGGUCACUGGAUUGUGACACAGACCAAACACACACACACACCAAACACACACACAAACUGGCACAAAGUAAUGUUGAGGGGAGAGGAGGAAUCUAAAGGACUUAAUUAGUAUUACAAUGAAGCUUCUCAGUCUAAAGCUUAAUUAUAGCUUCUUCUCCCUCUCUCUAAUUCCAAAGCUCUAUUUGAAUAAACUACAGGUAGAACCUGGCUCUCUCAUUUUUUGAGGAGCUGCAUCUGAUUGACUAGUUUCUCAAAAGUAAUUUCGCUUAUUAAAAUCUUUUGGGAUAGCGAGUGUUUUGAAAUGAUACAAGAUAGCAUUUUCCUUUUCUUGAAUGAUAAUGACCUCAUCUAAACUUCUCGAAACAUUUGUUGAAUUUGUAUCAUUAUUUUGAGAAAUAUGUUUAUUUUAUUUUAGCUUCAAAACGUAUGAUUAUAUCCUCUCUGAAAUAUCAGCACCUCCACACACAAAAAGCUAAAUGAGCAAUUCUGAUAGGAACUACAGUAAUAACCUGUAAUUGGCCAGCAGCCGAGUAAAAUUAAUGAUGCGUCGUAUCCGAAAUGGAAUCAAAUAGAAUUAAAUCAAAUAUUUUUGUUCAAACAGCGGGAGGUCAUUUGUCUCUUGUCUCCUGUCUGCUUUGUUGACCUCAAGUGCUGGUGGGUUUUUUCAGACAGAGAGAACAAAAGAAAUCCGGUAAUAGCAUCUGCAAUGCGGUGUCUCUCUCAUUACUGUGUUUGAGAGAGGGAGAAGUUCCUUUACUCUCUAAUACAGACUCAUUCUCAUUUGUUAGUGGGACACACACACACUUGUUAGUGUUGGGGCUUAUUUGGGAGUGUCUUGAUGGUUCCCUCUCAAGGACAAUAAAGGCCAAUUUAUCAGUGUGUCUGUCUGCAUGGGGGUUUGGCAGAUUCCUACCACCACAGCAUUGUAAUGCAGUCCCAUAGUAAAACUGUCUAGCUGUAAUGCAGUCUAAAAUCUGAAUCUAUAAGUCUGGGGAGUGGCUAAUUCUGAUAAUUACUUUCUCCUAUAGCAGCACAUAAUCAAUAUUAUACAUGUGUACUACAUGCAACUCUCUUAUAGUGUUUCUAUAUCCAUGGUAUCACCAUAUCUAUGUAGGACUUCCUAUUUCAGAUGUAGGUGUAUCAUUUGAAUGCUCUUGGCGGCAUUGAGACGGUGAACCCAGUGCAGCCAGUCAGAGUAGAGUACCCUGUACGUACCAUGUAGGGAUCCUGCCUAACUAAGGCUUUUUUUCUCCCAAUUUUUUUGGGGCGGAUUUUGUUUAUAGAUUUUAUUGUUUUCAGGAUUGUAUUGUUUACAGUCGGAAGGUAGAGAGGGAGACCGAGAGUAGGGACAGAGGGCAAGUGUGGUCUGGAGUCUACAGCACUACCACUAGACCAGACUCUGCCACUCCUAAAUAACUCAUCCUGAGAUUAAAGUAGACCAUGAAUAACUGAUGAGGAUGGUAACUUAGUAUGUCUGGAAGGGGCUAGGACUGGGAGAGCAGAGCAGAGCAGUCGGUCUGAGUGUGUGUGUGUGUUAGCUAGUCAGAGACCGUGUGUCACGUUGUGAGGGUAUAGAUUAGAGCUGGCCUAAUUCUUCUUCUCUGGCUGUGAAUCCCCGGGGAGGGUGGAGGCCUCCAGGAGCCUGCCAACCCUUUCAUCUGCUGCAGAUGCUCCCACUCCCACUCUCACUCCCUCCGACACACAGAGGCACAGCUCAGGACAGCCAGCUAGCGCUCUCUCUCUCUCUCUCUCUCUCUCUCUAUUUCUCUCUCUCACUCUCUCUCUCACACACACACACACUUAACACAAUUAACACUGCAGGGCAGUUUGCCCUCCCCUGCAAGCCUGUUUUAGGAAGUUGUGCAAGAAGAAGUUUCUGGGAUUUGCAGUCAAGGUGUAAAAGAAGUAGCCUCAUCCCAUUGUGUAUGUGCUGUGCUGGAGACAAGUCUUCUAUCAGAGUGGUUGGUCAGACACAUUGGAAUCUGUGUGCUGCUUUUCUUGCUCGUGAACCCCGUAGUGUAUCACUGUACAGCAGCAAGGCCACACUUCCCUACAAUCACUCCACACACUGAGUUCUUUGUUUCCCAUCUCGUGCAUGUUGUUGGUCACUGGGUUUGAAUACCAACAUUCUGCCUCAGUUCAUCUGUUCCUUGUUUCUCAUUAUCUGUUAUUUUGGCUUUGUGCUCCUUCCAGUUCUAUUUAAAUUCAGCCAGUCUUGGGACGAGGAGGACGACUGCAAAUUAGCUGGGAUGGUUUUCCUAUACUGCCAGCCGUUACACAACCGACCAAACCUUCCCACGUGUUUUCCAUAUAAAAAUACUUGCGCAUUCCAAAUGAUUCAGAGCCACUAGCUCUGAAUUAACUAACAAAAAAAGAAGCCACCCUUUUGGAUGUCCUUCAGCCAAAUGAUGGAAAUCAUAAAGCUUAUGUUUCCCCAGCUACGGGCUCAGGGCUGGAUAAACAGCUUUCUGUAGUCCGCUCUGCUCUGAGCAGAUUUAGGUUAAUGUAAUCCUGUGUGUUACAUUACACUGGUGGUGGUGGUUGGGGUGGACUGCAUGUCCACGUCUCUUAAUAACUUAAUAGGAGGAACUCAUCAACAGAAGCCUUCACCAACGAGUCCAAUAACAAAUUAUACAACCUAACUACACUCUGUCUGAACUUAUUAGCUAGCUAGUUUUCCCCCAACUCCUCCUCACCAAACAGAUGCCAAUCUUUGCGAGCGCCGAGCAGAGCGGGUAGAGUGGGCAGCGUCCCAGGUUGGCAGAUGUGUGGAGGACAAAAGAGUGAUGCAUGAGAGUUAUUAUUUAGGAUGUCGUUUACAGCCCUCCUCCUCCCACAACGAAACAGAACAGCAGCUCAGGAGAAAUAAGAGCCAGGUGUGCUCACUGUGUUUGGUGCUUUCCACAGGCAGAGAGAGCCAGCCGUGGGAGGAGAGCAGCUCUCCUGUUAGUACGCCCAGCACGUAAUGCUCUUCACUGUUCACUACCCCAUGUUGUGUAAAUACGGUUGAGAUAUUAUCUGCUCUGCACCAAGGGGAUAUACUCUAUGAGCUGGACGGGAGAGACAGAGAGUGGAGGGGAGAGAGGGAGAGAGAGAGACGUACCCCUCUCUCUGCUCAAGUGCAUCUAGCUGCGAUAUUAAAGCCCCCCUUUGCAUGUAUCAUCAUGCGCUAGUACCUGAAACAAUAAGCAACUGCUUUUUUUUCCCUUGGUGACUUUUCUUUUACGAUAGCUCAGUGCCAUGAUAUAACCAACCACCAGUGUUUAUUAGUAUUGCCUAGACACUUACCAGUAAAUACCUCUUCAGCAUACUAUAUUAGUUUGAUGUUAGUGUCUGCUGUCUCUGUGUUUUGUGUGUCUAAUUGAGUCAGUAUUUGACAAGUCUUCCUCUCUCUACUUCCAGGCCAGCCCAGAGUGGAUGGAUUGGCCCCGCAGCCCUCCCGUGUCCUCAUCAGUGACCGGCCAGUGAUGGUGACCACCUCCAUGCCCCCGUCCCCACCCAGACCGGCCCCUGCCCCCCGCAAACCCACUGUGGCCAUCCUAGAGGUGGUGUCUGGUCCUAGGAGAAGACAACCACAGCUCCAAGUGCAAGUAAGGGUAGCCUCAUCAGUCAGCCUCAAUAUCUGCCUGGUUGUGGACGAUCAUCCCAAAUGUAAUGGCAUCGUUGUGUGGACUGUGUAGUCUAUAUUUUAAUCAUGCAUCUGAAAUCUCUCUCUGGAUGCAUCAGGUUCAGCCCAGUGUGAAUAUCGAACCCCUCACGCCAACUCCAACCCCCAGCCUGAGCCCAGCUCCCUUUCCAUCAGCACCACCUCCUCCUGCUGCUGUCCUAUCUCCAGACAUACCGGUACAGUACAGUAACACCCCAAUGACAUGCGUCAACUCAAUUUGAAAUGUGCCGUACUUUUCUCCCCCCACCCACCCCCUAGCCACCCCCUAGCCACCCCCUAGCCACCCCCUAGCCAGCUACAUGAAGGCCCAAUAUUAUGCAGUAAUGGGCUCAGCCUCAAAAACAUCCAUCAAUCAGCAUCUAGACCAGGCCAGUGAAACGUGUGGUUGUACUACGGUGUGCAGCCAGGACUGCACUCAGCCAGGACUGCACUCAGCCCUCCUGUGUGUCUGGCUCAGCCCUCCUUUCCACACUCCCCAGGACAAAAGACGACCCCCUGCUUGCCCCUGCCCCCAGACCGGGACUCCCUUCUUGCUGAGUCCACAGACUGGGGUACAAAAGGAGCAUUGAGUGAGAGGUGUAACAGUAUCCGUAUGGGAGUGGUCCCAGGGCUGGGGCUGGGGUUGGGGUUGUCCGUGCCUGCCGUGAUGCCUGCUCUGUUCUGUAGACACCAGUGUUUCUUGCCUGCUAACGUUUCCACAGGAGCGUCCCAAAUGGCACCCUCUUCCCUAUGUAGAGCUCUACUUUUGACCAGAGCCCUAUACACUAUAUAGGGAAUAGGUUGCCAUUUGGGACACACAACAGUCUCUCCCAGACUGUGUGAUUCAUGACGCCGCUAGCCUUCCUCAGUAAUGUUUCCAUGCUGGACUGGCUGUGAUGUGUGUUGUGGGCAGAGGGCCUAUAAUGUCUCCCAUAUAGCAGCUGGUGGCAGACCAUUCAGGGGAUAUACUGUAGUUGGCUGUUUGGCCAUCUGAGCUUGGCCCUGCUCCAGACCACGGGGGCUGCUGAUGGCUUAUAGGAGAGAUUCAUUUGCUGGGUUUUUCUCUUCAUGCAGCACAGCACAUUUUUUGCAAUGAGAUGUGUGUGUGUGCAAUGGUGUGUUGCUUCCACGUAAGUAUUUAUAUCAUGUCUGCAUGGAGUGAGUGUGUGUGGAAGUGAAUGUAUAAUACAACUCACAGGAGGCUGGUGGCACCUUAAUUGGGGAGGACGGGCUCGUGGUAAAGGCUGGAGCGGAGUAGGUGGAAUGGUAUCAAAUACACCAAACACAUGGUUUCCAGGUCUUUGAUGCCAUUCUAUUCGCUCCGUUCCAUCCAUUAUUAUGAGUCGUCCUCUACUCGGCAGCCUCCACUGUUAAGUUUGUGGUGGAGCCUGCCAGGCUGCAGUGCUGCUCACACUUAAAGGCCCCGGCCACUCACUCUCUCUUACAAAUUCAACUCUGCACCAGUCAGGUAGGCACACAUGGUUGCCUGGCAACGGAUGUGGGUUAUCAAUCUCUGUGCUUGCACUGGGAGUCAGUCGAUGCGAGGACAAAGCAGUGAUGUAGAGCUAUGGCUGAUGCCUGACUGCUAUGGCUGAUGCCUGACUGCUAUGGCUGAUGCCUGACUGCUGCAAUGAGCCUCAUUCCUAGCCAACAUCCUUCCUCCUCCUCACAAUACUGCUUCAGUCACAUACCAGUUAUGCUGAUUGCAGCUUUGGUUAUGUCCUAGAAUUGCUGAAAGAUUCCCGGAGUCUGCUAUCCAGUUUUCGCUGGUGGGCUAAAUGUGUUCUCAUUCCUAUCACCCUCCUGGCAGUAAUGUCUUUGUCAUAAGCACUCCUUCAGUUGAGUCAUGUCUUGCUAUGUACUUGAUAUUCUAGCAUUCCACACUGUCUGAGGGCUACUUUCGAGAGAUUAAAAAUGUUUGUUCCGCUCCGCUGUUCUUUGGUUAUCUGUUUAGUUUAGAACACUGUAGGCCUGUAUUUGUUAUUUUUCUAUGAACUCUAGCAUCCUGAGCAGUUGAGUGUGUAUUUUAAGUGUGUGCGCGUUUGUGUUACACAUUUUGCUAUUUUUCUUCCUCCAUCUCACUGAAGUAGUGAAUCACCUGGCCAAUAUUGGCCUGAUCUGUACGGUCCAUCUCUCACCCCAUCCCCCAUCCCUUUCUUUUCUGACUCUUUCUCUCUCACCACCUCUCUCGCCCUCACUCUCCCUCUAGUCUCCCCCCCCCCCCCUCCCCUCUCUCCCCCCCCCCCCCCCCCCCCCCUCUCUCUCUCUCUCUCUCUCUCGCUCUGUGCUGACUGAGUGGAAUGCUAAUGUGUUGGUGUGGUUCUGUGCCUCUCUCUCUGCAACACUCUGCCCUCCAAGUCCUGGAGCUUUAUCUGCAGCCGCAGUCCACAACAAACACUGCAGCUCUCAGUUCUCUAACACUCACUCCUCUACCGCCACAGAUGGCCCAAUACAACACAGACGGCCCAAUACAACACAGAAGGCCCAAUACAACACAGACGGCCCAAUACAACACAGAAGGCCCAAUACAACACAGAAGGCCCAAUACAACACAGACGGCCCAAUACAACACAGACGGCCCAAUACAACACAGACGGCCCAAUACAACACAGACAACACAGCACAUAAAUAGUUGCACUGGUAACAAACAAACUCAGCAUUAGCACAAUGGUUUUCCUUUUAAUGACCAAAUUCCUUACCAGGUAGCCUAAUAGCACCUCUCAAUCAAAUGGUGUCAGUCUGUUCAAAGUCAACCUUCUACUACUUGGUAUAUUACUGGCAUGCUGCAAGGGGAGUCAAUGGGAAAUUAAUCAAGUGUUUGAACCAAGCAUGUUUUUGUGUGUGUUUACCACAGCAACUAGUGCAUAUGUCCCAUGUAUCACAGGCCUCUCAAUCAGUCUUGGCAGUGUUUUCUGCUGAAUACAGAGGCUUGGCUUCCCUGUAACCCUGUGCUGUGUGGGACAGUAUGUGAAUAAACCCGGCCCAACACUGUGGUUUCAGUCUGAGACAGGGUGAGGUCAUUAAACUAAUGUAUUCAACUUUCCAACUUGAUUCAUGGCCCUCUCAGACCACACUACAUGAGGUGAGUGCACUGUAUGUAGGGAACAAUCAUGAACACUGCUGAAUGGUGCUAGUAUUGUUGCCUCCUGCUACCAUGCUGAAAUAAAUCAUUGAGCUUGGAGAAGAGUUGUAUUUUUCCUAUUAUAGAUUCACCAUUUGGAGGGGCGGCCCAUUGUGUUGGAUUGAUUGGUUGUACUUUAUAAAUAAAAAGCAGGAUGAAUUGAACUCGCUUCAUAAUUGACUCUCUCUCCCAGGGUGUUGUUUAUUGUUUACGGUCAAUAGCCAUACACAAAUCUUAGAAUGUCACCACAACCCUAUCAAUAAUAAUUGGUUUUCCAGGCAUUUGUCAUCUUCUAGCAUGAACUGCAGGUCUGCCAUAGCUGGGGGAAAUGAGUGCUAAUUCUCUUUUUGCCCCCAUAGUUAGACACGGGUUAAAUAAGGAAUAUAAUCUAUCCAUCCUCUUAUUGCAGAGUGUGGAGGAAACGCAUGAUGAUGAGGAGAGUGUUUUCCCAGGAACACAUUUCCUGGAGGUUGCUGACAUUGCCCAGGUAGAGUCCAUUAGAAAAUCCAUUUGCGCGUCUGUGUCUGUGCGUGCGUGACCAGUCCUGAGUGUGUGGGAAGUAUGUGGUAUCUGAGUCACCGGCUCAAGGGCAUCAAGAAAUCAGGUCCGCUGCUUCCAACACUUUUAACCCCUCCUUCUCCCUUGACGUUCACCCCAUUGGAAGGCUGAUUGAAAUAUUGUAAAAGGAAUAGAUUAUUAUCUGAUUUUCAUACAGCGUGUCACCUUUGCAUGCCAAUGAGAUAGCGAUAAUCAGAGCAGUGCCACAGAGCUUUUUGAGUUUCUCCUCACUUCUACGCAUCUAAAAAUAAAAAAUAAAAUAAAACAUUUUCUAAUCAUCAUAAAUGGAUGUUAAUUUAAUUAAAUCUCUCGUCAAUAAUAGGCCUACGUGUUUUCACCAUCUAUUGUAAUGGCUGUUGUAUGUUCUCUUCUUUGUUUGAUGCACCGUCUUUCUUUAGCAGCCCUCCACAGUGGCUUCGCUAGGAAUUUGUAUAUUAUGUAAACAUACAUCCCCUCAAUCAGCAAAUCCACACAAAGCCAUAAGCUUUCCAUAUUCACCGCUAACAAGCAUCCAAAGCAGCACUGCAGCAAAUCGGCCAUUAAGGCAGGUUCCUCGCGGUCAUACAAGGGCAAAUAGUUAGUUAACAUAGAAAUGCUCCUGCUGUCAUGAUUGUGUAAGGAGGCUUAGGAGAACAACAGGCUUCAUAGCUGUCAGAAAGAAAGAAAGAUAUUGGAAUAAAAAGGGGGUUUGAAUUGAAGAACAUCUCUAUGGUUCCACAGUGCCCUCUUUUGGUCGGGAAGUGAACUACAUUCUCAGACAAGGCCGAUUGAAAUGUAGCUUUGUGUGGAUUUGAUAUGCAAUGGAAAUAAUGUUAAGAGAGGGAGUUUUACAUAUGGUAGAAAAUUGUGUCCCAAAUGGCACCCUAUUCCCUACAUAGUGCACUACUUUUGACCAGAGCCCUACAUAGUGAGUAUGGUGCCAUUUGGGAUGGGGAAGUAGAGUUCAGUUGCUGCCUGAUGCUGUCUUAGUUACUCAGUCCUCCCUCUCAUUGUUUCAAAUGGUGGUAAUUUGGAUCAGAGAUAUUGUUCCAAUAAGUAACGCACACAUUUCCAAAACAGUUAACGCUGUAAAAGUUUUAAUUUGAUCUGGAACAAUUGCCCAUAAUUAAGCUAUUUUUUUAAAAUUGCAAUCUUUCCCUACAGUCCCUCUUUAACGUCUCCCAACAACCUAAUAAAGUGUUGUGUUUUUAAAACUCCAUCAAAACAAUGCAUCCAGUCCAAAAAAGAGAGGUCAUGAAACACGGGCUGACUCUGUUGUGUUUCACAACCCUGUAUAGACGCCAGCUACUAGAGUGUCCCCACUUCCAAACGCCUCAGCCCUAACAGUAUUUAGCUAUUUAUUUAUUUAAAUGUUUUGACGAAGCAGAAACCUUCAAACAGUAUCCUUUUGGCAGGCAAACCCCACUUUCCCUCUCUCGUCUCUCUCUCUCUCUCUCUCGUCUCUCUCUUCUCUUCUCUCUCUCUCUCGCUCUCUCUCUCUCUCUCUCUCUCUCUCUCUCUCUCUCUCUCUCUCUCUCUCUCUCUCUCUCUCUCUCUCUCUCUCUCUCUCUCUCUCUCUCUCUCUCUCUCUCUCUCUCUCCACUGGAAAUGAGAUAGAAGAGCCAGCUUGACACAGCCUUCCCUGUCUUUACUGCCAAAGAAUCUGAAAGUAAUGCAAACCAGUGACCUAAACGGACACCAUAAAGCCAGAGCAAAGAAUCUAAAACCCCAAAUCACAUUUUCGUCUUAACCUUUCGGGCCUCCAAUCCUACUACUAGUGUAUCCAUCUAGCGUUCCCCACCCAUCUUUUUCCUACAAUUAAAAUGUAUUUUUCCAUCAGGAUCCAGAGGAGGAGGAGGAGGAGCUCCAUAAUGGUCCUAUAGAACUCAACGGUCUGGCCUCUCCUCCUACUGCAAUGUACCAUGGCCCUGUGUUCCCCUGCUACCCUGCAGAGCCCUUACCACCCCCAGACCCUGUCCUCAGCUCCAUCCAACACAGAGAGACCCUGGAGAACAGGCUAGUUGACUGGUGAGGAGGAUAGCAUUAUGUCACGCAGUGGAGCUGAACACAGUUUUGAAUGCAGAAUACACAAGCCACAUUCCAAUAUCCCUACUGGUGUACUACUUGGAAUACCAAAUUCAUGCCAACAGGCAAUGUAGAGUUCACGAUCAACAUAAAGGGAGAUAGUUAGAAGUAACUGGUUUGUUUGUUCGUUCAGGGUGGAGCAGCAGCUGAUGGCCAGGAUGAUCUCAGAGAUGUACCAACCCCCUCUAGCUGACCCCGCCCAGAACCAGAGCCCUUCCCACUCCGAGCCAGAGGACAGUGCUACCUCUGACAUCGGUGAGAACUGGGACUGGUUACAUUGUAUACUGUACCUUAAUCGCAUGAUGACCCUUAACCCGACUCCCUUACAGCACUAGUUCGAUGUGGCUAACUUGUCAUGCUAACCCUUACUGUAACUUGCCACAUAUUCAUGAUGAUGAAAAAUGCAUCAUAUGAUGCAAAACGCUUCAUCCUGAUGAUGUGGCAAGUUACAAUUUGCUUUUUGAAUAUCUUAUAUCUUGAAAACUUUGUUGCUGACAUGUAAAACAUUUUUAGACUGUAUCAACAGGGGGCAGGUAGCUUAGUGGUUAAGAGCGUUGUGCCAGUAACCGAAAGGUUGCUGGUUCUAAUCCCCGAGCCAACUAGGUGAAAAAUCUGUCGAUGUGCCCUUGAGCAAGGCACUUAACCCUAAUUGCUCCUGUAAGUCGCUCUGGAUAAGAGCGUCUGCUAAAUGACUAAAAUGUAAAUGUAAACUAAUGAACAAAAAUGCCAAAAGAUAGUUUUUGAGUGGAUUAUUCCUUUAAUCCCAAGGUCUAGUCCUGGUCGUGUCAACCCCAUGCUUGUGGAGCUGAGCCCAGCCAGCAAUGAUGCAUUACAGCAUAGCUGUGUCCUGGAAGAUUCUGGUAGCCACUUUCCUCAGGGAAUUUGUGUGUGGGGCUAUGUGGUACAGGGACUGUGUCAGUGGGGCUCUGUGGUAGCAUUGUGAGUGCUGUUGACCUUCCGAUGACAUGUUAAACACUACUUAAAGCUCAACGGCUUUGUCAAGCCACCAACCACAAUCCUCAUGUUCAGGAAUUCCAAAAUGUCCCUCAGGCUUUUAAAUAAUGAGCUCAAAUGGGGUUCAUAUACAUGCUGAGAUAUUGACUGACAUUUAAACCGAAUAGAUUAACUAUACAUCAUUUCCUUGGUUCAAGUAGCUGACCUUCCUUUGGUGUUGAACCAGAGCAAUGUAGCUGGGCUGUUUAUAACUCCAUGCAUUUUACGUUUACAUUUGACAUUUUAGUCAUUUAGCAGACGCUCUUAUCCAGAGCGACUUACAGUUAGUGCAUUCAUCUUAAGAUAGCUAGGUGGGACAACCACAUAUCACAGGCAUAGAAAGUAGAUUUUUCCUCAAUAACGUAGCUAUCAGGAGAGUAAGAGCUAGAAGGGAGAAGAGCUUAGACUGGGCUGAGUGGGAGCUGCCCUCCCGUAGGGGUGGGAGGGCCAAGAGACCAGAGGUGGCAGAACGGAGUGCUCGGGUUGGGGUGUAGGGUUUGAGCAUAGCCUGAAGGUAGGGAGGGGCUGUUCCUCUUGCUGCUCUGUAGGUAAGCCCAAUGGUCUUGCAGUGGAUGCGAGAUUCGACUGGAAGCCAGUGGAGUGUGCGGAGGAGCGGGGUGAGAUGAGAGAACAUGCCUCAUUGAAAUGUAUGCCUCAUGGUUUCUUUGAGUGCGAGCUGUCUGUCGUGAUGGAAAAAGACAUGUCGAAGCCCAAUACGAUAAUACAGUUUCUCAUUAAAUCAUUGAUUUCUCUUUCUCAUUUCUCGGCUCUGCUUCUCCUUGCCCGCCGCUGCUACGGAUUGCAGUCAGAACACCUAAGCGAGGCAGUGGCAGCAAAGUUAGCGGGCCAUUGAUUCAGGGUGUAUCCCAAAUGGCACCCUAUUCCCUUUAUAGUGCACCCUUUAUACUGCGCUAUAUAGGUAAUAGGGUGCCAUUUGGGAUGUUGCCUCACACUCUCAUCUAGUAGAAAGAUCAAUGAUGUAUCACAUUUGCAGAUGAGGCCUCCAGUCAGUGAUCACUGGAGGGUUGUCAGCACUUUUUCCACUGCUACUUCCCUCUAGACAGAACAGUAAGAAGAAUGAGGGGAAUACUGCUGGGGUUCUUUCGUGCAAUAUAAACCCAGCUAUUGGAUGUGAACUAUUCUUUAAAAAAUGUGUUACAAUUAUCUAGUAUGCGAAGAUGGGUAUACCAGAAUAGUAGAUGUUCAGUAGUGAGAAUCCAUUUUGAAACAUUGUGUCUGUCCAAUAAGAACACAGAUUUAGGUUUUCUGUUGCAAAAUGCUCUGCUACGAUGUGCCCUACUGAACAUACCCCUGUGGUUCCAGUGGAGGCUGCGGGUGGAGAGGGCCUACAGCUGUUUGUAGAUGCCAGUGUUCCUGUGGACACAGAGCUGAUCAGACAGUAUGUGAACGAGGCGCUGGCAGAGACCAUAGCCCUGAUGCUGGGACAGAGAGAGGGACAGGAGAGACCUGUAGCACCAGCCAAGCCUCAGGAUCUUCCGCCACAGGAGGUACUGUGUACUGUCAAUCAAUCAAGAAAUCAGUCUUUACUGUAUUAAUCUGGACAUUUGUUGUGCAAUGUGAACAAUAUAUAUAUAUUUUGAAAUAGUAUUUCUAAUCUAACAUUUACACUGAGUUAUUUGUUCCUUUUUAUACAGUGUUUUAUUGUAUUUGUAUUCUUUCUUUCCACAUCGUGUUGCUGUUGUAGGAGCCCUUGGUGCCAACCCCAGUGCCCACCCCAGAGCCCAGUAUUAGUCCUGGGCCCCCCAGCAGAGGCCUGUCACCCCUUGCCACCCCACAGGCUUCAGAGCAGGGGACCCCCCUUCAGUCACCCAGAGAGCCCCAGCCUCCGGAGCCCCACACCUCUACACCUGCAGGUCUGAUGACAUAGUUACUGUAUCUCCAUUACACAAUCAUACUCUGCGGACCCCUUCUGCAGUCCAUAGUAUUAGUAAUUGAGUGGUCCAUGACUAGGGACCAGAGCUUUUCAUGGUCAUGUGACCUGAUAAGGGAAAACUCAGGGCCCUAGUUAUAGGCAAGGACCUAGAGUUUUUCUUGUGCAGGUCACGUGGUCAGGAAAAACUUGGGCCUAUCCAUGAUAGAUUGACCCCCAGUCGAUCCAAUGAGAUGCUGAACAUUUCUGUUCCACUUUGAUCUCAGACCCGGAGCUAAUAGUGACCCCCGUCACCACUCCAGCCCCCUCUCUCCUGGUGGUGUCUCCACCCUCUGGCCCUGCCGGACCCUGGGGAGAGGCAUCGCUGCCCCUGGCUGAGGAGCAACCCCACAGCCCUGCAGAGGAGCAGGAGGAGCACAACAAGCCACUGUGAGUCUGUCUGUCUGUCUGUCUGUCUGCUGAUUCUACUGUCCGUUUGUCUGACUGAACGUCUGUCUGCCAGCCUAUCUGUCUGUCUUUCUGAAUGGUGGAACUGCGUGGGGACCUCCCUCAGAAGACAAUGAGGGUACAUAGUGGAUAGUGUAGGAUGUACUGCUUGGUGUGGUUGUAUUGUACCACAGCUCCCCCUGCUGUCAGGAGAUUACAAUGCAGUUAGAGUUACAAAGAUAGCACACAGGCAUGUAACAUAGAUGGUUAUUGGUUUUAACCUGACCGAGUACCACUAAUCUCACCUUUCUCUCUCUCUCUCUCUCUCUCUCUCUCUCUCUCCUCUCUCUCUCUCUCUCUCUCCUCUCUCUCUCUCUCUCUCUCUCUCUCUCCUCUCUCUCUCUCUCUCUCUCUCUCUCUCUUUUUUUCUUUCUUUCUCUCUCUCUUUACCUCCCUCCCUCCCUCCGUUUUCUCUCUUUCUACAGAGUGAUGUCAGUGGCUGAGGAGGAACCUGUCAGUGUGCCUCCAAUCCCACCUGUAACCUCCAGCCCCCAGACCAUGCUUCCCCGCUCCCCUACCCCACCACCCCCACCUCCACCUGGGCCUCAGACCCCCUCCUCUCCCUCCUCCUCCUCCUCGUCAUCGUCGGAGAGUAGCAGCAGUGGCAGUAGUUCCACAGUCACUGGGACAGACACGGCUGCUAGACACAUCUCAGAGGGAGAGCUGCUCCUCAGCUAUAGCCAGGCGGCAGCAGCACGAGGUGAGAUGGAUCGACAACACACCUCAACACAUACACACACACACACACACACAUCACUCAGACGUCAGGUGGUCUACAAAAGGCCAUUCAUUCCUAAGAUUGUAAAAUCCAUAGUCAUCAUAGUGUGAUUAUUAUCAUGUCAAACCCAUCGAUGCCUUUUCAUUUGUUUCCUUCCAGCCUUUGAGGAGGAAGGCUUCUAUGUUCCCUAUCUGAUCAACAGCUUCUCCAGCUCCCUGCAGGAGGUCCAGGACAUGGUGAGUGGCACAGUGUCCACUGCUUUUCUUUUACUAGCACUGACUGUUAUUCCCUCCAGUCUAGCAAUGACGAUUUGACGUGAAACCAAAUGUGAAAAUGGCUCCCAUUCAUAGCAAACAUGCUAACCAUUUAUUUUCUGUGUCUCUCAGGAUUACGACCCUCCCAGUGAGGGUCAGGUCAGGAGGCCUGUCAUCCCGGCCUACCACGACCCCAUCCUGUCUCUAUUGGCUAAGAUGGACCAGGGGGUCGUCACCCAGACACGCCCUGACCCGGAGGUAACUAUCAGACUACGGCACUGCUCUGUACAUACUGGAACCUUCUGUUGUCACUACUGUCCACAAUUCUACUUGUAUUGAAUACCUGUCUGAUAUUUUUCCUGUUGUGACAUUAUAAUGCCUCUAGGUGGCAGGUUUUCCCCACUUGUCAAUGCAUGCCAAAAUGUAAGGCGACCUUAUUGUGUUUGUGCAUAGCAUUUAUGCAAGGAAAUACAAUGUAAGCAAAAGCUUUGGCACAGUGUACAUAAAUACUGGGCAAGCAAACAGCCAAGGCAUUAAGCCCUUGCAGUGCAGGGUCAUGUUCAGAAAGGCAGACCAUAGUAAAAUGUUUUGCAAAAGCUUAGUGAGCUGUGACUGCUGUGUCCCCCAAUCCCCAGGGGUCCUGGGAGGAGGAGGGAGAGGAGGAGGGAGAGGUCAGCGAAGGCCAGAGACCCAGACUGCAUCCUGCAGGGGAGAGGCUAGUGACUGGACACCCCCUCACUGUCCAGCCCAGGAACAGGACAGUGACCAGGACGGGGACAGAGCCUCACCCCAACACCAGACAGGGACGCAUUUCCUCCCCAGGACAGCUCACCCUGCAGUCAGCAGGUAGAACUGGAAACACAAGUCAAUGUUUCUCUUUCCAUUCUACCUCUGUUCCACCUGCCUAAAGGAGUUUGGGGUAUACAUGUGUUGGAUUCAAAUGACAAAAGAUGUUGCCUUUUUAAAACUCUGGACCAGAACCCACAAACGACAGGCUUAAGGCCGGACUUCUCUAUCUCAUUAUCAUAAAAGGAUAUGUGUAUGAGGAGGGGGACUAGAGAUGCAGGACAGCUGUAAGGGGACACAGGGAAGAGAAGAGGGGAGGAGAAAGAGAGGAGAGGGGGAAUAGAGUUGUUGGCACCACAGAACAGAGCCACAGUGCUGAUAGACUGAGUUAUCCUCAGUCAUAGGGGAAAUCAGACAGCCUGGAUUCUCCAUCAGGCGCUGCUGGGAGCACAGAGAGGCCAGGCCAGGCCAGCGGAAACCACUGCUGCUGCCUCUUAGGGGGACUGUGUGUGUCUGUGCGUCGCCUGCCUUCCAGAUACAGUAUGUAAUAAUGUAAUACAUUGAAUUUAUACAGGACUAUUCUAGGACCCUGUCAGAGUGGUGUGGGUGGAUAAGUAGGGAAUCAGGCGCAGGAAACCAGGAGGACUUCAACAGAACUUUAGUAAAGUCCAACACAAUAAUGAGACGCCAACCCAACCGGGUGGCGUGAACAAUUACGCACGAAACAAAGUGCGGAAACAACAAGAAAAGCUCACGCAGUGCGAACUCUCGAAAAAACACAAUAACGAGAGACACAAACUCCUAGAGGCAGGCUGACAAAAACAAUCACGCAUAACACCUGACCCAAACACACGAAACUAAAUAGGGAAACAAUUAAGACACAAAUAAGGGACAGGUGUUAUGAACAGACAAAACCAAAUGAACAUGAAACAUAGAACGGUGGCAGCUAGUACUCCGGAGACGACGACCGCCGAAGCCUGCCCGAACAAGGAAGAGGAGCAGCCUCGGCCGAAACCGUGACAGUACCCCCCCCUUGACGCGCGGCUCCAGCCGUGCGCCGACCCGGAGCUCGGGGACGACCCGGACGACGCGGAGCAGGGCGCGCAGGAUGACCCCGAUGGAAAUCGGUCAGUAGGGACUGGUCUAAUACGUCCCUCCUUGGCACCCAGCACCGCUCCUCCGGACCGUACCCCUCCCACUCCACGAGAUAUUGAAGACCCCCCAUCCGGCGUCUAGAAUCCAGGAUGGACCUCACGGUGUACGCCGGAGCCCCCUCGAUGUCCAACGGGGGCGGAGGAGUCUCCUCAAUCUCAAAGUCCUGGAGUGGACCAGCUACCACCGGCCUGAGGAGAGACACAUGGAACGAGGGGUUAAUAUUUUUGUAAUCAACAGGUAGUUCUAACCUAUAACUCACCUCGUUCAAUCUCCUCAGGACUUUAAAUGGCCCCACAAACCGCCGACCCAGCUUCCGGCAGGGCAGGCGGAGGGGCAGGUUUCUGGUUGAGAGCCAGACUCGAUCUCCAGGUGCGUACACUGGCCCCUCACUGCGGUGUAGGUCGGCGCUCGUCUUCUGUCGACGUAUGGCACGCUGCAGAUGGACGUGUGCAGCGUCCCACGUCUCCUCCGAGCGCCGCACCCACUCAUCCACAGCGGGGGCCUCGAUCUGGCUCUCAUGCCAUGGUGCCAGAACCGGCUGGUACCCUAAUACACACUGAAAAGGGGUUAGUUGGGUGGAGGAGUGGCGAAGAGAGUUCUGUGCCAUCUCGGCCCAGGGCACAUAUCUCGCCCACUCCUCCGGCCGGCCCUGACAGUAUGACCUCAGAAACCUACCCACAUCCUGGUUGACACGUUCAACCUGCCCAUUACUCUCCGGGUGGUAACCCGAGGUAAGGCUUACCGAAACCCCCAACCGUUCCAUAAAUGCUCUCCACACUCUAGAGGUGAACUGGGGGCCUCGGUCAGACACUAUAUCCUCGGGUACCCCGUAAUGCCGGAAGACAUGGGUGAACAGAGCCUCUGCGGUCUGUAGGGCAGUGGGUAGACCCGGCAUGGGAAGGAGACGACAGGCCUUAGAGAACCGAUCCACAACGACCAGGAUGGUAGUAUUCCCCUGUGAGGGGGGAAGGUCGGUAACAAAAUCCACCGAGAGGUGGGACCAGGGUCGUUGUGGAAUAGGCAGGGGUUGUAACUUACCCCUGGGCAAAUGUCUGGGCGCCUUACACUGGGCACACACCGAACAGGAGGAGACAUAAAUCCUCACAUCCCUAGCUAACGUUGGCCACCAGUACUUCGUGCUAAGGCAGUGCACUGUCCGGCCGAUACCCGGAUGGCCAGAGGAGGGGGACGUAUGAGCCCAACAAAUGAGGCGAUCGCGUACCUCGAGCGGAACGUACGUCCGACCCACAGGACACUGUGGAGGACUCGGGUCGGUGCGUAACGCCCGCUCGAUCUCACCAUCAACCUCCCACACCACCGGAGCAACCAGACAAGACUCCGGUAGUAUGGGCGUGGACUCAACUGACCUCUCCUCUGCGUCAUACCGCCGAGACAGAGCAUCUGCCUUCCCGUUCUGGGACCCAGGGAUGUAUGUGAUUUUAAACACAAACCGGGCUAGGAACAUAGUCCAGCGAGCCUGGCGAGGAUUCAGUCUCCUAGCUGCCCGGAUGUACUCCAGGUUACGAUGGUCAGUUAGAAUGAGGAAAGGGUGUUGAGCCCCCUCGAGCCAAUGCCGCCACACCUUUAGGGCCUGUACCACGGCUAACAGCUCCCUGUCUCCUACGUCAUAAUUCCGCUCCGCCGGACUGAGCUUCUUUGAGUAAAACGCACAGGGACGGAGUUUAGGUGGAGUGCCAGAACGCUGGGAAAGAACGGCCCCUAUCCCGGCCUCUGACGCGUCCACCUCUACUUGGAACGGUAAAGAGGGAUCCGGAUGCGCCAACACCGGCGCCGAGGUAAACAGGUCCUUCAGUCUCCCAAAUGCCCUGUCCGCCUCAGCUGACCACCGCAAGCGCACCGGACCCCCCUUUAACAGAGACGUUAUGGGAGCUGCCACCUGUCCAAAACCCCGGAUAAACCUCCGGUAAUAAUUCGCAAAACCCAAGAACCGUUGCACCUCCUUCACAGUGGUUGGGGUCUGCCAAUUACGCACAGCUGACACCCGGUCUACCUCCAUCUUCACCCCUGACGCAGAUAACUGGUAACCCAGAAAGGAGACCGACUUCUGGAAAAACAGACAUUUCUCUGCCUUGACAUAUAGGUCAUGCUCCAACAGCCUCCUCAAUACUCGGCGCACCAGGGCUACAUGCUCAGCACGGGUAGGACUAUACACCAGAAUGUCGUCGAUGUACACAACUACUCCCUGUCCCUGCAUGUCCCGGAAAAUCUCAUCGACGAAGGAUUGGAAGACUGAGGGAGCAUUCAUCAACCCAUAUGGCAUGACUAGAUACUCGUAGUGUCCGGAAGUCGUGCUAAACGCUGUCUUCCAUUCAUCGCCCUCUCGAAUGCGCACCAAGUUAUAUGCGCUCCUAAGAUCCAAUUUUGUAAAGAACUGCGCACCGUGCAGUGACUCCGUCAUAGUCGCAAUCAGAGGAAGUGGAUAGCUGUACUUCACUGUGAUCUGAUUGAGACCGCGGUAAUCAAUACACGGGCGCAGACCUCCAUCCUUUUUCUUCACAAAAAAGAAACUUGAGGAAGCGGGUGAAACGGAGGCCCGUAUGUAUCCCUGUCUAAGAGACUCAGAGAUGUACGUCUCCAUAGCCUUUCUCUCCUCUUGAGACAAGGGAUACACAUGGCUCCGCGGGAGAGCUGCUCCUGACUGGAGAUCUAUCGCACAAUCCCCCCGUCUAUGAGGCGGCAGCUGCGCCGCCCUAGUCUUACUGAACGCCAGUGCCAAAUCCUCAUACUCGGGGGGAAUCUGCAGUGCUGGCAUUAGAUUCGGACUCUCCACCGAGGUCGCCCCUAUGGAAACACCCAGACACCGCCCCUCACAUUGAGCAGACCACCCUUUAAGAGCUUUCUCUCGCCACCUAAUAAUAGGGUCAUGAGUCAUCAACCAGGGAAGACCCAGCACUACCGGAUACGCAGGAGAGUCAAUCAGAUAGAGCUGAAUUCUCUCCUCAUGACCCUCCUGCGCCAUCAUCUGAAGGGGUGCUGUGACUUCCCUAAUCAACCCAGACCCUAACGGACGGCUAUCUAGGGCAUGGACGGGGAAAGGCUUAUCCACUGGAAGGAGGGGAAUCCCUAACUCUAUACAGAACUGGCGAUCUACAAAAUUCCCAGCUGCGCCUGAAUCUACCAGCGCCUUAUGCUGGGAACGAGGUGCAACCUGUGGGAAACAAACAGGCAAGGUUAGGUGCACGACAGAAAGCUCUGGGUAAGCAGGGCGCCUACUCACCUGGGGGGACCCCCCAAUGCGUGACCUGCCUUCUCCCUCACUGGAGGACCCGCCCCAACACCUAGCCGCGGUGUGCCCUCCACGACCACAGUUGGUGCAAGGGCCGGGUCCCCUCGGGCUCCUCCUCCUCCGUUCCCUAGCGCCAGCACCUCCGAGCUCCAUAGGGCUCGGCUCGGAGGUGCUGGAGAGUGGAAUGGGCGAACCCCCCCUCCCGGGACGCCCACGGGUGGCGAGCAGGGUAUCCAGCCGGAUGGCCAUGUCGACAAGCUGGUCGAAAGUCAACGAAGUGUCCCUGCACGCCAACUCUCGCUGGACGUCCUCCCGGAGGCUGCAGCGGAAAUGGUCGAUAUGGGCCCGCUCAUUCCACCCUGCAUCAGCCGCUAGGGUCCGAAACUCCAAGGCAAAGUCCUGGGCGCUCCUCAUCCCCUGUCGGAGGUAGAAUAGACGCUCCCCCGCCGCCUUCCCUUCUGGUGGAUGGUCGAACACAGCACGGAAGCGGCGGGAGAACUCCGCAUAGUUCGUGGUAGCGGCGUCCAUUCUCCUCCACUCGGCGUUGGCCCACUCCAACGCCUUGCCGGUGAGACAGGAGAUGAGGGCUGAGACGCUCUCGUGUCCCGAGGGCGCCGGGUGUACGGUGGCGAGGUAGAGCUCCACCUGCAGCAGGAACCCUUGACACCCGGCAGUGGAGCCGUCGUACGCCCUCGGGAGCGAGAGCCGAAUCCCACUAGGUUCCGGAGAUGAGACAGGGGGGCUGACCGAUGGGGCUGGUUCGGUUCGUGGAGGUGUGGGAACCCCGCUGGUCUCCCAUCGGUGCAGAGUAUUCAUCACCCCCUCCAGGGCGUGACAGACCUGGUUGAUGCGGUCCUCCUGACCACGAAGACGUUCAGCCAUCUCGGCUGUCGGCGCGGUCGCUCCUGCUGAUUCCAUGGAUGUGAUGCGUGAUUCUGUCAGAGUGGUGUGGGUGGAUAAGUAGGGAAUCAGGCGCAGGAAACCAGGAGGACUUCAACAGAACUUUAGUAAAGUCCAACACAAUAAUGAGACGCCAACCCAACCGGGUGGCGUGAACAAUUACGCACGAAACAAAGUGCGGAAACAACAAGAAAAGCUCACGCAGUGCGAACUCUCGAAAAAACACAAUAACGAGAGACACAAACUCCUAGAGGCAGGCUGACAAAAACAAUCACGCAUAACACCUGACCCAAACACACGAAACUAAAUAGGGAAACAAUUAAGACACAAAUAAGGGACAGGUGUUAUGAACAGACAAAACCAAAUGAACAUGAAACAUAGAACGGUGGCAGCUAGUACUCCGGAGACGACGACCGCCGAAGCCUGCCCGAACAAGGAAGAGGAGCAGCCUCGGCCGAAACCGUGACAGACCCGAAGACGCUUUACAAUACUACUAGAACACAGAACAAGAAAUGACAAAUAAAGACAAAAAGAAGUGGGAUAAGGGUUCUUAAAAAGUUGAUGAUGAUUCUCAUGAUAUAGUGGUGAUCAUAACCAUGUAUGGCAGGGGAACUAGAGAGAUUGUCCUACGUUUCCCAGUCCUGGUACGUUAACCAUAAUGUCCACUCUUAACUAGGUCUCUUCUCAUAAAAACUCAGCACUUAUCAGUGUUUGACACCCUGCAUACUGGUGUGUCAGCUAAUACAAAUAUCCAGUUUAGAGCUGGAUGGAAAAGCGUGAAAUUAAUACUCUAAUAUUUACUUAGUGGUCGAAAAGCAACAUGCGAUUCUGUUACGGUUGUCGGUCACAUGUUGUGAAUGCUCCUCUGUGUUCACAUGGCUCUUUAGACACUGUGUCUAAGUUAUGCGUCCACUCAGACAGAAGAACCUCAUAGCAGAUUCCUAGCCUCUUCCUGUGUUGGCCAAAACCAAUAUUUACCCAACUCAAAAUCAACUCGACCCACGGUAAAAAAAAAGCUCCAAUGUUGCUUGGAGACCAGACCAGAGAGAAGGGGAGGGGGGGACCCUGCAAUCCAAGCAGCAAAGACAGGACUAUAUUAAUGACAGAGGAAGAACUCAAAGCAAUUUUGUUUUCCACUCAAACUGGGGCUGGUUGGAACAGGGCCCAAUGGACUAUAUAGGGUGCAAUUUGGGAUGCACACUAUAUUUAAGCAAUAAGGCCUGAGGGGGUGUGGUAUAUGGCCAAUAUACCAUAGCUAAUGGCUGUUCUUAAGCACGACGCAACGCAGAGUACCUGGACACAUCUCUUAGCCGUGGUAUAUUGGCCAUAUAUCACAAACCACCGAGGUGCCUGAUCGCUAUUAUAAACUGGUUACCAACGUAAUUAGAGCAGUAAAAAUAAGUGUUUUGUCAUACCCAUGGUAUACAGUCUGAUAUACCACGGCUUUCAGCCAAUCAGCAUUCAGGGCUCGAACCACCAGGUUUAUAAUUACAUUUUAAUCAUUUAGGAGACACUCUUAUCAAGAGCAAUUAGGGUUAAGUGCCUUACUCAAGGGAACAUCGACAGAUUAUUCACCUAGUCGGCUAAGGAUUUCGAACCCAACGACCUUACAGUUACUGGCCCAACGCUCUUAACCGCUAGGCUAUUUGUCCCCCCUAGGGCAGCUCUUGACACCAACAGACUGGGGACUCAAUUACAAAAUCACUGAGCUGACACAGAGCCUGUAAAACGGUUUGACAACCCCUUUGUUGUGGCUUAUCCUGAAAAGCAUCUCAAACCCCAUGUUAUGGCUAGAGAAACCAUUGUUUGUGUGGCUUUGUGUCAUCUGGGAACACUUUCACCCUGCAACGCCUUGUGUUUGGACGUGUGAGAGCAUUUGAAACGACAGGGCUUCCUCUCCAUUCGAGGCUGCGCUGCAUGGGCACCAGUUAUUGAUGCAAUAAUUCAUGAAAUUCUAAAUUAUACUGUAUAUCUCUAUUAGUGGGGAAAUGAUAGCUAGGCUUGGAUAAUAAAGAAUGAAAGUGUGUGUGUUUCUACAGAUGUUACAGACGCAACGAGCUUCCAGGACACUCAGCGGCCAGUUGACAUCAGAGACCUGGAUGUGGAGCCGGAGAUGCCAUAUCAGCCUCCUCAGCCUGACACCUCAAUGUCACCUCCACCGAUGGAGGGCUCAGUCUCCCACAGUGCACCACAGGCAAGCGUUACACAUUUAUGCUGUACACAGCAUCUGCUCUGACGCGCGCACGCACGCACACACACACAUACACACACACACACAGUCUUGCGCAGCUAACUUUGUGGGGACAUACAAUUCAGUCCCAUUCAGAAUCCUAUUUUCCCUAACCCCUAAACCUAAGCCGUACCCUAACCUUAACCCUAACCCUAACCCUAACCCUAACCUUAACCCAAAAACCUAACCUUAAACCUAAACCUAACCCUAGCUCCUAACCCUAACCCUAACCCUAAAACUAACCCUAUCUCCUAACCCUAAUUCUAACCUUAUCCUAAAUCCCCUAGAAAUAGCAUUUGACCUUGUGGGGACAACAAAAUGUCCCCAGUUGGUCAAAUUUCUCUUGGUUUACUAUUCUUGUGGGGACUUCUGGUCCCCACAAGUAUAGUUAAACACGUCCACACACACAAACACACACACACACACACACACACACACACACACACACACAGAGAGAGAGAGACCUGGCUCUUAGUCUUUCAUACUGUGUUAUUCUUGGCAGCUAGGUAGGUGAGGAUAAGGUUCCACCAUGUUGUGUUUCUGUUAAAGAUAUAGUUGAUUUGAGGACACUUGCACAAGGGAAGAGUCUCUUUCAACAGCUGUAGUGAGGAUGAGCCAAUGUGCUGGGCACCCAAGAUAAAUGGCAGCCUAACCUCUUAGUAUUGAUAAUCUUCUUGCAUAUCAACUUGGCUCAUAGGACAAUACAGAGAGUACAGCCAUGCCUGUGGAGAUGAUUUGGACAUGUACUGAGUCCCAUAUGAAGGAUCAGGAGGAUUUACUAUUCCCUAUUUAGUGCAAUAGGGUGCUAUUGAGGACGAGCCUUUAUCUUCAAUGAAACUGGUGCAGAUGUCCUCCUGUGUGAAUCAUUGGCUGGCUGCAGCAGCCUCCAUACAGAAUUGUCUGUUGUUGAGUGUUGACAGUGACAAACGACAAUCUCCACAUGCGCCGAAUACAACAGGUGUAGACUUUACUGGGAAAUGCUUGCUUACUAGCCCUUCCCAAUGAUGCAGAGUUUCAAAAAUAUAUAUAUAAUAAACAUACAUCAAUAUAAUGUCCUCCUUUUGUUUCCGCUAUUCUGAACCAGAAAAGCAAAGUGGACUCUUUAGUUGUGUGUUGACACAUGAAACUCACUCAUCAGUCGGGAUACCAGAUCUGGAUGUAGCCUAUGUGUGUGCUUGGGGAUUACUCUUCCUAAAUGGAGACAUCGAAACAAUGUGUUUGACUGUUGUUGUCCCAUUGGCUUCCUCCUCUGCUUUCUGUUGUCAUCUAAUCUCCUUCGAAUACAAUCUCUACCCUAUCUACAUGUACAUAUUGUAUGUGUUACAAAGUGCUUAUACAGAAACCCAGCCUAAAACCCCAAAGAGCAUGCAAUGCACGGUGGCUAGGAAAAACUCCAUAGAAAGGCAGGAACAUAGGAAGAAACCUAGAGAGGAACCAGGCUCUGAACCAGCCCAGUAUUUAUUGUGUUGCCUCUCAUCUCCUCUGUGUCUAGGCAGCUGAGUUGUCUGGUCUUCCAGCUCCCAGACCUGCCCCCAUCCUGGUCAGGCAGUUUCAAAAGACCAAUGGUGAGACGUCAGAGAAACCAGGUAUGGUCGCUCAAGUCCAGUUUUAUUUUUUAGAACCGUGUUCAUUCAUUCAAUUGGUCUCACCAAUGCUACAAUUUAAAAACAUUGUAAUUGAUUCUUGUAAAGGGGAAGGUGUGGCACGUUAUUGGGAGAGACCACAAAUCCAUCUGAAAGCUUUGAAAAAAUGGGUACAUCUUAGACACAAACAAUGUGUUUGAGAAGCCAACAUACAACAUACAUAUAAUAAUAUUAUAUUAUUAUACAACGAUGUCGGUCGACCGUCGGGUGUCCCUCUGUUCUCCUCUGACCACCAGGUGGCACUAGUGUAUCUGUGAGGUCUCCACUUCAACUUCCUCUUCUCCCCUCUCCUUUUCACCUCUCCUCCCCUCUCCUUUUCACCUCUCCUCAGCUUCCCUCUCCUUUUCCCCUCCCCUCUCCUCCCCUCUCCUUUUCCCCUCCCCUCCCCUCUCCUUUUCCCCUCUCCUCCCCUCUCAUUUUCCCCUCUCCUCCCCUCUCCUUUUCCCCUAUCCUCCCCUCUCCUUUUCUCCUCCCCUCCCCUCUCCUUUUUCCCUCUCCUCCCCUCUCAUUUUCCCCUCUCCUCCCCUCUCCUUUUCCCCUAUCCUCCCCUCUCCUUUUCUCCUCUUUUGUCUCCAAGUCAGGUCACUGCAGUUGUUCUCCGAGAGGGUGAAAUCAUUUUGCCUUACAUCACUGCUGUGUCCUGUUCUCCCUAGCUACAGCUAGACCUCAAGGGGCUAGGAACUGCUCGAGUCAGUGCUUUAAAACUCAAUAUUGUACACGGGGCUGGACACACCUCAGUGACAACACAACAGGGGGGUGAGGAGAGAGGAGAGUCACUCAGUAUGGAAGAAGGGAGGGUAGACAUGGAAUAAAUGGGCUGCAUCUCAAAAGCCACCCUAUUCCCUAUAUCAGGGAUCAUCAACUAGAUGUUUUUCUUGAGUGGAUGGUCGGGGGGCCGGAACAUAAUUACCAUUCAUUUGUAGACUGCAAUUUGACCCCAAGAAUCCUAAACAGAUAUAUAAUAUUUGACCAAAACAUAAUCAUUUCAAUCCUUGUUUACAUUUGUAUACGAUCACGUGUCUCGUCUAUUAUGCGUGGGAAUACUGUCAACUUUGGGACCUUAUAUAGAUAGGUGUCAGCCUUUCCAAAUCAUGUCCAAUCAAUUGGAUUUACCACAAGUGGACUCCAAUCAAGUUGUAGAAACAUCUCAAGGAUGAUCAAUGGAAACAGGAUACACCUGAGCUAAAUUUCGAGUCUCAUAGCAAAGGGUCUGAAUACUUAUGUAAAUAAGGUAUUUCUGUUUUCGCUUUUUUGUCAUUAUGGGUUAUUGUGUGUAGAUUCAAUUUUAGAAUAAGGCUGUAACGUAACAAAAUGUGGAAAAAGUCAAAGGGUCUGAAUACUUUCCGAAGGCGCUGUAUAGUGGAAUAAGUCUCUCUGGUCAAAAGUAGUGCACGAUAUAUAGAAUAAGGUGCCAUUUGGGAAGCACCAUUGGUGUAAGAAGGAGCAGGGUAAGGUUAUUGUAUAUCAGUGGGAGAGAGACUCUGGGAGUGAAGCAGUGUCACUGUGUUGAGAUUAGUUAUACUAAUCCAAUCUAAUAGAGAGGAACAGUGAAGGAUGAUGAAGAACGUAGUACUAACACUGCUGAAUGAAGAGGAUCCUCAUGGGCUUUGGCUUAAAGGUCCAAUGCAGACGUUUUUAUCUCAAUAUCAAAUCAUUUCUGGGUAACAAUUAAGUACCUUACUGUGAUUGUUUUCAAUUAAAAUGGUCAAAAAGAAACAAAUAGUAUUUUAGCAAAGAGCAAUUUCUCAAGCAAGAAUUUAGCUAGGACUGUCUGGGAGUGGUCUGAGUGAGAAGGGGAAAACUGAAAACUAGCUGUUAUUGGCAGAGAGGUUUGGAACUCUCUUUCUUAUUGGUCUAUUAACUAAUUUACCGCUUGGUGAUGUCAGCAGGCAGGCCAAAACUCCAUCCCACCAAAACAGGCUGAAACUUCAGACGGUCUUUUCAAACAGCUCUUACACUAAAAGGGCAAUAUCAUAAUUUUCACAAUUUCACAGUAUUAUUCCAACCUCAUAGUGUGGAAAAAGUAUAUAAAACACAGGAAAAUCGCGUUUUCGACUGCACUGGGCCUUUUAAAUGGCUCCCUAUAUAGUGCACUACUUUUGACCAUGGCUCUGGUCAAAAGUAGUGCACUAUGUCGAGAAUAGGUGCCAUUUGGGAUUCAAACUAUCAUCUUAACUCAUAUGAAGCUGUAAGAUUCUCUCGGCUUGAUCCGUUUCCCUGAUAUCUGAUGGUUUAUUAUGUUCCUGAAAUUGCAUCAAACUUUAUCUGGUGUAUCAGUUGGAUUAGUUUUCCUUAUCUUAUUUUUUCUCAAAUCAAACCCUUUCCCUGCCUGUCCUUUAAGCCUGUGAGUCUGUGAUGAUAACUAGCUACCGUCCAUGUCGGGUAUUUUGUGAUGGCCAGCAGAAGCCCUCGGCUGAAUCUGUUAAAGUAAUGAAUUUGUUUGGAUAUUUUUGUAGCUGUGUUGAAUGUCAAUGUGUUUGUCUCUCACUGCGUCGCUGUAAGGAUUUUGUUUCAGCAGUAAUUUGAUGGACCAGCGAGACGAGGGACGGGGGAAAAGAGCAAAGCUUCCACCUGCAUGUUACUUGUUGUCAGGGGAAGAAAACACAAGCCUGAAUUGAAAGGGACAACUCAACUGACAUCUUUGCAGCUAACAUGAUUAUGUUACCUCUCAGUUAUUGUGUCUUAGCCUGUAUGUUGUUGCUCUAGCUUUGCUUGGGGAAACUGAACUCAGUCAACAGCAGGGGGCUUUGAUUUGGGUGGUCAAAUAAAUAAGCCAUUCAAAUAAAAACCCCAGGAAUUACUAGCCAUUCAUUACUAGGUUCAAUGAGGAACUGCAUUUAAAGGUAUUGUCAAGGCACUAUGCUAGGACUGUGUCCCAAAUGGCACUCUAUUCCCUAUAUAGUGCACUACUUUUGACCAGAGCCCUAUGGGUGCACUAAAUAAUAGGGCUCUGGUCAAAAGUAGUGCACUAUAUAGGGAAUAAGGUGCCACUUGGGACGCAGUCUAGGACCUGAUUGUGUGUGCUGGAGCUAGCGGACUGAGUGACAAAGGCCUGAAUUCUCAUCCUCUUACGUAAGCCCCAAGACCAGUAAGCUGUUGCCUCCUGUCCUGCCUCCCUCCAUGCUAUAGAUGGGCCAAUGGUCUGAUUCAAUGUGUACUGUAGCCUAUUGAUUUAGACUGGACAUGACACAGUAAAGGUCGUCUGUCUGGUGUCUCUCAUUGCUAUAACUGUGGCUUGAGUCCCAAAUGGCCCCCUAUUCUCUAUAUACUGUACUACUUUUGGCCACAGCCCUAUGGGGAUAUAGUGUGCCAUUUGGGACGCAGGUUCUAUUUACAGGCUGGACACUAUAUAGUAUAUAUGGUCAAAGUGGCUGCACUGUCUGUCUGUCUCCCUGCCUCAGUUUAGUGUUCACUCCAGGCACUGGAGUGUAACAAGAUCAUAGUGAAUGAGCCUUUAUAUAACCGUGGCCUGCAGUUGUCUUAAAGGAUAAAUCCACAGUUGUUGUUGUUAUAUAUGGCAAAGCUACUACUGCUGUAAGCUUGAAUAGAAAUGACCAUGAAGUUGUAUUUGUUUUAGCUUCAUUUUGACACACAAUGAUCCAUACUGCAAACUAUACCCUUAUUAGCACCAGGAAGUACUGGACUGUACUGUUUAUUUGGAAAGGGGGUGUUCUGCUGGGCUCCCUGGCACUAAAUUGUAUACAGUUUUCAGGAUUCAUGUUUUCUUAUGUUGCGUUUGGACAUAAACUGUAUAAAUGACUAUUUUGCUGUGGUCCUCUACUAGUCAGCCCCAGCCUGCCCCCGAAGCCCUGAAGCCAGACUAACUUGGCUGAACACUUGUUUGUUUUCUGUGAUGUGGACCUACUGUAUAGUAUGUGUGUUUGGGGAGGUGCGACAGGGGGAGCGGGGGUCUACUUGGCUCCCUACCGUCCUACGUCAUUGGCAGCAGAUGAAGUGUAGAGUUCUAAAUCUAACAGGCUCACUAGAAGAACACCAUACGGAUAUAGAGACUAAACUGUUUCCAAGCUUCAGUUAUGUUUUCAUCGUCAGGAUCAAAACACACCACACCGACUCUCUCAAGGAGUUUCAACUUUCAAAGAGUUCUCACUCCCUCCAGUUUUCAUUUAGCUGAUGUGCUUCUGAGCUGGGAUCUGUAAUUAACAGUCCGUCAGUCCCCCAGUUCACAACACUAGCUGCUGUAGGAUGAAUUACCACAGCAGCACCACUGAGUUGAGAUAGGGUGCCGUUUGGGACGCAACCAAAGUCAUUUAUCGAAAUGGGAAUAUUUGAGGAUGCAUUUGCAUACAUUGCACAGUGUGAUGUUUCUAGGGUUUUAGACCUAAGCCCUUUGAGGCGCCACCCUGUUUUUCCUAUUGUGAUUUACCAUUGUUUAUCUGACUAUGCCUUGUUACAUUUCAUCAAUGUUUACUCACGACUUUGAGUAAACUGAACUAACUCUAUUAGUGUUGUUUCUUGCUGAGAGAUUAGUCAGGCUGCUGGGUUUUUUCUACCCAGACAGGCAGCAGUCUUCGCUAAAGCAAACAAACAGUACAUAUUUAGAUAGACAGUGGUUGUGUCCCAAAUGGCACCCGAUUCACUACAUAGUGCACUACUUUCAUCCAUGGCGCAUUGGGCUCUGGUCAAAAGUAGUUCACUAUAUAGGGAAUAGUAGAGAGCCAUUUGGGACACAGCCUUAGACAAACAGUGUAUAGGUCUAUGGCUCUUCAUGGUUCUCCCAGGGAGGAAUGAUUAUUUACCCUGUAGCAGAGUGGAUGUCUGCCCUCUACUUUGAGGUGAAAGAUACACAAGUUAGGUUCAUUAUUUUAAACAACUCUCUCUCCCCUGGCCGGUAGCCAAGACCUUGGGGGGGGGGGGGACGAUUCUAAAGCACGAUGGGAGCCUGUUUGUUAUCGUCCACGCUUGUGUUGAGUCCUGCAUUUUCAGCCAAACGCGCUGACAUUUUGUCAUUGACAAUGUUAGCACAAACAUGUUUAUCAGCAGUGUUGGCUGGCCGGGCUCUGGCUCCUCUUUAGAAUUGAGGCCAGACAAGAUGGACAUUGCUGCUCUGGUCUUAAGGGGGAUUUCACUGUGUUGUAUUGGUUAGCAGGAAGUGGAGUAACAAUGAUCAAAUCCACUGCUAAACCAACAAAAGACAAGCUAGGCUCUCUGACGCAGUCUGCCAACAGUCCGGGCACUACUGACUCCUUAAUUGGAGAGGACAGGCUCGUGGUAAAGGCUGGAGCAGAAUGAGUGGAAUGGUAUCAUAUACACCAAACACAUGGUUUCCAGGUCUUUGAUGCCAUUCUAUUCACACCGUUCCAGCCAUUAUUAUGAGCCAUCCUCCCCUCAGCAGCCGCCACUGCUACUGAGUAUGGAAAACAUGGAGCUCCUUCUGUGUAAACCCCUGCAUUUUAGUAAAGCCUUUGAAGUGCUAUAUCAAAAGUAGUGCACUAUAUAGGGAAUAGGGUGCCAUUUGGGAUGCAUCCAAGCAUCUGCACAAUGGAGGAUGUUGUUCCUGGUUGUUCCUCUAUCUAGGAGCCAGGCCCAUGGUUACAUUAAUCACCACUGCAGACAACAGCGCUCACGAGAACUUAAUUGAGAAAUCAUGUCAGCUCUGAAUUUCUCUGUAAACAAAUGCACGAGUCUUUAACAUGGUCCACAUGAGUCAAACUCCAGAGAGAGAGAACAAAAGAGAGAGGGAGAAAGAGGGGAAAAGAAAGGGGGAUACCUAGUCAGUUGUACAACUGAAUGCAUUCAACUGAAAUGUGUCUUCCGCAUUUAACCCAACCCCACAGAAUCAGAGAGGUGCGGGGGGCUGCCUUAAUCGACAUGUCAUCGGCGCCCAGGGAACAGAGGCUGGAGUUGGAGAUAGAGAGAGAGAAGAUGGGAGUUAGAGUGAGCAAGUUAGAGAGAGCGAGUUUGAGAGACAGCGAGAAAGAGUUGGAGAAAGUCAGAAAGUCAAUGUUGCUCUCCCCAUGACAUGUCCUACAGGCAGAUGAUGACCAGCUAGCUAGCUGCUAGCCCAAAACAACAGUGAAAAGGCCAAACACUUUGUCAUUCUGCUGCCUCGCUCACCAACCACAACUGUCCUGUUAAACGGAUGUUUUGACAGGAUGGGAGAAUGAAAAUGCCCUCCAGUACAGUGUGUGUGUGCGUGCGUGUGAGUGUGUGUGUGUGUGUGUAUGUAGUGUGUGUGCACUUUCCCUACGUGUGUGUGUGUAUAACACUCUCUUUCUCUGUGGCGCUACGAUGAGUCAUUCCCCCAAGGUUAUUGAGUGCGACAUCGGCGCUCAAGUGGUGUGUUUAUAUUCACGGUUGACUGUGUUCUCCUUCUCUCAUUAUCUGACCUGGAGACACUCACUGCAUCACCAGUUCACUUCCCAGUCACACUGCAGGCAAAUGGGAACAAUUUUGGGAACACACAUUCACAGAGACUCCACUGUUGAACUUGAUGUGUUGAGUCUUGUUCUAUACAGUUUGUGUGUAACGUGAAUGAUGUCAGUGAGGGAUUGUGGUUGGUUAGUGCUAUCCGGGAUCCUUGGGACAUCCCUACCCUAAACCCCGUACCUUAACCAUUUUACAUUUCAACUUCAAAGGGGUGACGUCAGAGUUGGGACGAUGAUUCCAUUUAGACUUUUCUUAUUGUGGUUUCACCCACAAGUGUCAGAAGACUUGCUUGGUUAUUGUUGCUCGAUUUAUCCUGUUGACAAUGUCAGAGUCAUUGACUGGUAAAACAGCACCGCCCAAAACCUUUUUACUGUAGAACCUCUGUAGCUGUAUAGGUUGCCAUUUGGGAUGCAGUAGAGAUCUUCUUCUCACCCCUACCAGUAGGCUAUGGAAGUCCUAUUAGAGACGGUUUCCCAGUUACAGAUUAAGACUAGUCCAGGACUAAAAACCAUUCUCCAUGGACAUUCUCCAUUGAAAUACCUUUUAAGUACUAGGCCUAAUCUGUGUCUGCAAAUCCAUCCCUUAGCUAUCCGACUCUUUCAAUUGUAAUGAUAGAUUCCCAACCUACGGUUUGUGUUUUAUGAAUUAUAGGAGGAGAUAUAAAUGGUUCCACCUAUCCUCUAAGGAGUGAUUUUACAAGAAAAUGUCAUCACCACUUUGAUGCGUGCUUGUGACCUACAAUAUUCUGCUUCAGCUAUUUCCUCAGUCACACCCUUAUUGAAACAAGCAAAGUCUUAAAAAUAUCUAAAUGUCCAGAGAAAUCUCUAGUAAGCCUGAACAAUGGUCUAGUUUAGUAGACAACCAUGGCGUGGCUCAGCUAAUCAACAGAGAGAUGUGCUUUGUCUGUUGGGAGUUGGAUAUAUUUAGUCCAUUUGUCUUGUCUGCUCUGGUAGCUGCCUGGCCUUAAAUGAGGGGGAGAACACUAUGGGUGCGUCCCAAAUGACACCCUAUUUCCCAUAUAGUGCACUACUUUUGACCAGAGACCAAUGGGCCCUGGUCAAAAGUAGUGCACUAUAUAAGGAGUAGGUUGCCAUUUGGGACAGAUCCUAUGUAUUCAGGCUUGGUUUCAUCCUCCACCCUCCACAGCUGCACUGGUAUGUCUAACAGGCAACAGCUGCAGGUAGCAGGGCAUGUGAGAGAGAAUCCGAGAGAGAGAAUGUUGCAUCCCAAAUAGCAUCCUAUUACCUUUAUAGUUCACUACUUUUGACCAUGGCCCAUUGGUAUCUUGUCAAAAGUAGUGCACUAUAUAGAGAAUAGUAUUUGGGACGCAGACAGAAUGUUGCUGGCUCAAGCCGAGGGAGCGCUAGGCAUUCUUAAUGGCUUGACCAGCCCAGGCAUAUCAUUUUAUUGUGUCUGUCAAGCCAAGGAUUCCACCACGCGUUUAAAGUUCUUUACCGACCAUCUAGGGUCCUCAGUGACUGGUCCUGGUCAAAAAUAGUGCACUAAAUAGGGUAUAGGUUGCCAUUUGGGACGCAGACUGACUAUGCAGCAGAUUGCUUCUUCUCACCCCUGCCAGUAGGCUUUGUAAAUCCUGUUAAUUGCUAAAGCAGAGCCUGAAAAAGAGCCAAAGUACUGAGGAACCGUGUGUCAGAUUCACUGUUAAUUGCUGUGAUCCUCCCUGGUAUUGUCUGGUAGAUAGAUCAUUUCAUACAGAGCAGCUGCACACACUUCUGUUUUCAUAGGGUAGUUAUUAACCGAUGGUCUCACAAGAACACAGGUCUGAAUUUUACAACACAUGCGCUCUAUUUGAACCGAAUCCCCAUCAACUUAAAAGAGCUUCUUAAAUCAUGCAGAAAUCAUUAAAAAACUUUCGACGUUGUGAAAUGACAAACUAUAUUGCCGGUGGGUGACCUAGGAAAUGAGGUAUUUGCAUUAGGUUUUUGAAGAUUGGCCAUGCCUCUGCUGUAAUGCCUGAACCGUAUCUCUGUGGCGCUCUCAUCCUCCGCAGCAUGCGAUGGGGGGGGGGGGGGGGGGUGAGAAAAGAGGGAGGGGUGAAGAAAGGGAGGGGUUAUAGAUAAUGUUCCUCGCACAGAUGGAGUCGGAGACAUCAGUGAAACCCAAGUCCCUGUUGUUGAGUAGGCCCCGGCCGUAUCAUGCCACUGAUAGGCCUCACCUCUUCACCCCUGGCCCUUCAUCUGGGCGCCGGAGAUGGGAUGCUUCCCCGAUUCCCCUAGCCGCGGGGCUUUGAUCAGCGGGGCCCCCAGACGGGCCUGGCCCAUCCAGGCCCCUGGGUGCUAAGCCACGCGCCAGAAGGACAGGGGCUCUGCUUUCACAGGCAGGUGGAGGAGCAGACAGGUUUAAGAAGAGCUCCUCUUUCAGUUCAGCCAUUUCUGACAGGGUUGCACCCCUCUCUCUCUCUCUCUCUCUCUCUCUCUGUUUGAUGUCGGCCCAAAGAGAGUCCAGGGAGAGGCAGAUGUGAUGGGUCAUCAAAAUUACCAUGAGGCAAUAUGGCAUGUCUCUCUCAUGGGAGUCUAGGGAUGCAUCCCAAAUGGCACACUAUUCCAUAUAUAGUGUACUACUUUUGACCAGGGUAGGGUCCAAAAGUAGUGCACUAUAAAGGGACUAGGGUGCCAUUUGGUAUGCAGACUGUGUUUAAAUAGUUAGGAAGUUAGCUACACCAGUAGCAGCAUGACUGUUGUUAGCGAAGCUACAGAGGGUCUCUUAGCUAACUGGAUUAGUUAGAAACAUUAUUUUCCCUCGAAAUAAGAUACAUACCCUGGUUUAUCCCGAAAGUAAUCAACCCUCCUUAGCCUUACUUUGCUGGAAGUCAGCCUGUGUAAUGUGAAGACUAGUAGGUGUUUGUGCGAUGGGGGAUGCUGGCUGCCUGGCUGAACUCUGGGUUGUCUUUUGUUUUAGAGACUCUCCUCUCCUCAUCUGGUUUACAUCAAGCUCUGCUUUAGCUCCAAGCCAAUCCCCCUCUCUCUUCUUCUCCCUCCAGGCAGCUCCACCCUCCCCCACCACCACCACCACAACUCAGGCAGCAUCUUGAAUCUAUCACCAUUGUCUCUCCUGUCCUGUCCUGUACUAAAGCACUGCCUAAGACACGUAACAGAGCCAUACUCUGAGCUGAGCCACAGCCACUGCCCAAUCACCAAUCACUGGGCCAACUCACUCACACAGACACAGAGACACACAGAGAGACACACACAGAGACACACACUGCCCAGCCCAGCCCCAUUGACUGAC